AUGUCGUCGUUUAGAUACCCCCACAUUUUCUUUGCCCGUAACAUUUUCCUCAAUGAAAGACUCCCUCAUGUUUACGUUCAUCACCAUGGCGACGGUGUAGGAGGCGGUUCUCGUAGAGGGCUAGUGACGCGCCCAAGAAAGUGUGAGCCAAUCAGAAACGAGCUUCGGUGCAGGGCUGACGUCAUCGUUAAAGCGAACACAACCGUUACUUGGUUGCUUCUAGAAGUCUUCUUAACAAAAUUAACGGUCAAUCCUCACGGCAACUGAAACCUCGAUCUAAAAAAAGGCUAAAAUCAGCCGCGGGGACACUUUCGGGGGGCGCUGGGCCGCCCCUUUGGAUUGGGAUGAGCUCCAACUGUGCGGUGAGUGACUGCAGUUUACUACCUCACACCAAAAUCCUGAUAGGUAAGCUACCGUUACUGUCCUUCAGAGAUACCGUUCAAACUCGAGCUUAAUUGCGCUAUCUUACUUUUUGAUGAUGAAUACCCUCCCUAUCGAUCACCAUCUGACACAGUAAGGAGUCACUACGAAGGGCUUAAACAUUCGGCAUCGGUCUUGACUGCGAAACAGCCUUUUUUCUGUAUCAUCUCAAGUGCAGAUGAAAAUUCAAGCGCUUUGCGGUGAGUCGGAUCAUUUGGCUCAGCUCAGCAAAAUUAUCCAACUGUCCGAUCCCGCAUCACUCAUCAAGAAAAACCAGGGUUGUGUUCAGACUGUCAGACUGGGGACUCUAACUUAUGCAGAGGUGUCACUAUGAAUGCAAAUCAUAUACUUACUUACAUUUUUUACCUCCAACAACCAUGUCUCUUUUUCCUAGCUAUCACGUAAAUAUCAAACUGAUAUAGCUCACAGAUGUUAUUUUUUUUAACUGGGGCAAGUAUAACAUGACAGGCUGGCGCCAUAUAAUUUCCUUACCUCCCAUAAAUUGUAAUCAAACUCUAGAACAUUGUCUGGUUGUCAGAAAGAGAUGUUAUUUAUAUAUAUAUAUUCUGAGCAGAAGAUUAUCACUUGUGCUUAUAAGAUAGAAAGUUCCGAUAUUAGAUUUAUAUUUUGAAUACUAGUUGAUUAACUGGUGUCCACAAGGUAAUAUUUUGGGCACAUAAGUUCAUCAUGUUUUCACAAGAUAAUAUUGUGCACAAGGUAGUUUGUAGCCACAAGAAAAAUAAUUUGUGUGAGAUCAUACAUUUUUUUCGAUGAAUGUUUUGUUAAUAUUUCACUUUAACUUAGCAGUUGAACGCUAGCUGGAAGUUCAGUGUUGUCACAUGAAGGAGUCGGUUCUACGAGCCGACUCGUUCACGAACGACCCAUCACUACCAAACAUACUGGCGUAGCAACGACUCUUUCUUAGCUUGUUUGAAGAUGCCCGCAAGUUGUUUUUUAAACCGACCGUUGUAGGACGUCAGCCGAGGCUGUUACACUGACUCUCUUGCUUAAAGUCUGUUUUAUUAAUUCCUUAUUUCCGUCCAGGAGACGACAAGUUUAAGCCGUUUCGGUCUCCUCUCCGCCCCCUUCACAGCCAACAGUCCAACCUACCCCACUUCCAUCACCGACCAACGGUACCGACUGGUUGGCUAAUGGCAGGUGGAAUAACGUUACAGUAGAGGACACGUUCAAGUACAUUGGUAGAUGUUUCAUAGAUCUUUCAGAGAUAUAUAUGGCCAGAGACAUACGGUCGGCCACUAUACGCAGUAGUUAGACGUUUUUCUCUGCGCUUGUGUCGUCCCAUCUCCUCUCACAGUGUCAUGUAAUACUAUACCCCUCACAGAGACCCUUCACCAGAGUGCUACGUCUGUCUUUUUUCACUCAAACGUCAACUGUUUACCCGUGCUAAUAUUUACCCUAACCUCAUUCUGUUUACUGGUCCUGAUUUUUUUUUUCUGUGCACCAGUAACAGUGACUGUAGUUUGUUAAUACAUGAUUUAUUAAGGGGGUUGAAGUUGUAGAAGAGAUUGAAACACAAAAACAGGUUAACCAUAAGAUAAGAUAAGAACUCUAUAGACCCCCAAAGGGAAAUUCUCGAAAUAAUAAUAAUAACAACAAUAACAACAAGUUUAUCUAUGUAGCACCUUUCAAAAACAGCAAGGUCACAAAGAAGUGCUCUACAAAGACAUAAGGAUAGUUUAAUUUAUUCUGUGUGCCCAGCAUGCAUCAUACAGUCAUGGGCUUACAAGACACUUACUGUGCAGUAGUCAAACAUUAUAUAAUAAGAGGUGAGACAAUAGCAAUAUGCUCAGACUUGUGAUACUGUUAAAGAAUGAGUCAGGCAUUUUAGUUUUAUGCUAAUGACUCUCAUUAAAUUCAUGGGGAUGUUCUAAUUUACUGAGAUGAGAUGAAUAAUUACUUUUUAGGUGCAAUUUGUCAAUUUGUGUUAGUUAGCUAAGCAUUUUGAUUGUUUUGUUAUUUAUCAUUUACAGUGGAAUCCUCAUGUUGCCAUCAUUUUGGGGGUAUAUUGGAUGUAGUUGUAUCCAUAGACUGUAUAUAGAAUGGACGCCAUCUGCCUCCUCGCUGGGUGAAGCCACUCCGAGAACAGCACCCUCUGGUGACGGGCUGCAGUAUAGGUCAUAAAUCCCGCCUCCGCCAGCAAAGCUGGGGCUGUGGACAAACUUAAGAAAUUUAUCACACAGAAUAUAAACUUUUCUCCCCCCUGCUUGUGAUGUUGACAUGUAGUUACUGUAGGACUAGUUUGGGCUCAAGUCCUCUUUUUUUCUGUACAGCUCUGUUUUUGAUAGUUAUUAGGGGUUCAUGUUUUCUUUGAUUGACACUUAAUACAGCCUAUGGGCGUACAAGGAUUGCGUAGGUCACCUGGGGGAUACACUGUUUGAGCCGAGCGUCAUCACAGCAACUCUCGGUGACUCUCCCGCUGAAUGCGUACAAUGUUACUGCACAAGUAGUGGAGUGUGUACAACGCUACUGUGCAAUGUUGGUUUCAGGAAAUGGAGAGAAAACACAGAAUUACCGAGAGCUUUUCGGCUUCAAAUCCAUAUAUUGGUGGAAGGCGGAACCAAGUUGUCCAUAAUAAUAUAUAGUCUAUGGUCAUAUUGUAUUGCACAAAUCCAACCAUAUCGUAUUCUAUUUUGUUAUAUCAAACUGAAUCAUACCCAAUUAUAGCAUACCAAACAACUUAGCAUGGUAAUUGUUUAAAACGGUAAAAAUGUACUUUUUUAUAAAAAUAAGCACAUUUUAAAUUUGUUGUCGGCAACACUUUUCAAAAAUGACAGGACAGAAACGGCUAAACACUGGUGAGGUUGUGUGAUACAAAAGAGCACCUGGAGCUGUGAUCUGAACCUAGCAGGCUAAGUCAUGUGGUUGUCAGCACAAAAUCUAUGUCAAGCGGUGGGGAUGGUUGUCUCUCUGCUUUGGGGUUUGUUGUCACAUGCUCAUCCAAUUUAAGCUACUUGUUUGAAAAAGUUGGACAUUAUGUGGGCCACUGACCCAGGACACACACUUUCUUUUGCCAAACCUUUUCAAAAUGACAGUCAGCAUCACAACUAUCAGUUAAAACGCCUCCCUUUUACUGAGUGUUUGCAACAGGAGUAACAUGAGUGGGAAUAAAAGGGUCAUUCCAGACAAAGUCUCUUACAAGUUAACAAUGACGAGGUUUUCUGUGAGGGACUGUGUGAGCCAAUAGCUUAUACAAUUUAGGUUAUUUUUCCUUAGUGUAAAUUUGUACACUUUAUAAAGGGCACAGCCACUGGAUGGCGGUGAUCUUCAGGCCCUUAGGCAGCACUACAUUAGAAACUGACAUGACUCUGUAGUGGGACUCACUGCAUGGGCCUCAAUAAAACUUGUGUCUGGGGACAAAUUAAGUAUUGAAUCCUGAGUUAAAAUGUACUGUUUGAAGAGGAAAUCAUCACUCAGAUAGGACCUUGCUUAAUUCAGUAUGUGUUUCAUUAUUAUAUCAUUAUUUUAGGGCUCUUUUUAAGUAGAAUAGUCUGUGUAAUAUACUAGCCUGUCUGCAGUUUUAUCUUACAUCCCAAUGAAAACAUGUGGCACAUCAUGGAACAAUAAAAUAUGACUUGAGAGACCCUGAACUGUUGAGCAGCUGAAAUUAGGUAGCAAUGAGACAUCAUUUCACUCUUAAAAGUCCAGAAAAUGGUCUCUUCAGUUCCCAAACAUUUACAGUGUUGUUGAAGAGGAGGGUCAUGUCACUGUUUUUUUAGAAACAUGCUUCUGGCAUCAUAUUUAAAACUAGCUUAUAUAUUUUUCAUAAAACAAUUCAAAACUCCAGGUCCAUCAUUUCAGUAGAUGUCUUUGCCCCACUUUCAAACAGGGCCCUGUUUUCAUUUUUCACAGCGUCACUUCUUUUUAUAGAAUUGGGGUUGUAUUAAAUGUUGGACUUGAUCGCGAGUUUCACUUUGAUAUAUGAAAUUUUAGAGCUACUGACAGCUAAACAUGACAAGACAGUCUCAGGUGUUUUAAGUAUCAAUGCUAUUUGCUGUGGUACUGUUACUGGAGGAGAGGCCUGCAGCAGAAGAUGAAUCAUGACCCAGUGAAGCUAAGGAAUCACUUAAGGUUUUAAUUUCUGUGAAAGCAGCCAAUCUGCUGGCUAAAGCAGUGUGCUGGUGGGCUCCAUACUUUCCCAGCUUGGCAAAUAAAAAGCUUAAUGCGAGUCCUUUAAGAGCAAAUUGGAAUGCCUGUGAGUGUUGAGUGACCUGCAGAGGUCAGAGGCAUCUGCUAUAUUUACCGCCUCUGUAACUUGAUCUGUGGCAUUCUGGAUGGCUGUGCUCAUACUAUCCUCUCACACUCUGGGGCCACAGCCUCCCGUGUAGCACCCCAUUGCUUUCAGUCUAUUGGCCUGACCACUCAGAACAACCAGGGUGAGCCGUUUACCGAUCCAACUUAACUGCCGCUCUUCCACCCUUCAGGUACCUGCUUGCGAACCAAGUGUGUACAUCCGUUGCAGGCUGUUUGAGAAGGAGACAAUGAUAGAAGACAGGGGUAGCGUUUCAGACAGUUUGGGAAUUUAUCAGUAGGAGAACUGCAGACAAACUCACUGGGGUAGGAAAUAUCAUCAGUUUAUUUGUGUGAUUUUGCAUUCUGUAGUGAUAAUAUCCUGGAUAUGUAGUUGAUGGUUGUGAUGGCAAAAUGAGAGGUUUGAAACAGGUGCUGAAAGAGACACAUAAAGAAGCUGUACAUGGACUGCAUGGAUCAACUUUCUCUUCACCCCAGCUUUAUAUUCAAGCAACAUUUCCAGAUUUGAUACGAGCUGAAGGAUGCAUCAUCAAAGUUUUAUGGCUGGACAUGAAAUCCAGAGAAUGUGUUGACUGGGGGCCUCUGAGUUCACUUCACGCUGAAUCUGACUGUCGUUAAGUGAAAACAGACCGAGAAUACUUUAGCUAUAUUAGUUCCAUUUUUAUAUCCACAAGUCCUGUGAUAUUUCUCAUGCUUUAAACCUAUAGUUGACAGCGGAAGACAUAGUAACAAUGUGAUCAAGAAUGCAGUAAUUUAAUGAUUCUGCUUUAAUGUUAUGUCUUUUUUGUUGACCGGUAUCUUAUGUAACAUUCCUGUGUGUAUCCACAGGUUUGAUCAGUGUCACAGAGCCUGUAUGUGUGUGUGUGAGUACACUGUGGGGUAGCAACAGUAGGAUGAGCUGCCCCAGAGCCACCGCAGUCUGCAGGGACUGACACACAACGCUCCAAAUACAGCAGGUAACCUCCUCAUGUUGUAAACUGUAUAUAAGCAGUUAAUACAGCUAAAGUUUGUCAGAGGUAGGAGAACAGUAUAGACUUUUUCAAACACCAGCUGAGCUUGAUAUUUUGUGUUGACACAGAGAGUCAGGCAGAUCGCUAGACAUCCUCAACAUCAACAUUGAAACAGGCUCAAAAAAGUAAUCCUGGCUGAUAUCGAUGUCCACUUUUCGUAACUUGUUCUAAUUGUGAAAAAUAUGUCACCUGACCACAUGGACAUGGUCAGGUGUCAGUUAGGUGACAGGGUCACAGCCAGUUCAGUGUCAGAAAACCCUUUUACAAACAGCGCUGAUGUUGCUGGUAUGCAGAGUAACUGGUGUGCAAGCUUUGGCAGUCCAAGGAAUUUUUCUGCAUUGACUUCGUACCAGUUUGUUGACUUUGUAUCCAAAAUUGGAGUAAUGGCCUGUCAAAAGUUCUCAACCUCUGUGCCUGUGUUGUUAGAGGUGGAUGUUGUGUAUCCCUUUUUCAAAAAAAGAAAAAGAAAAUAAGAUGGACAGCCCCUCGUUGAGAAUCUUUGCUGUCCAUAUCUUUUUCAGCCAGUGGGUUUGUAUUGAAAAAUGUGGUAAAAUGUGACCACCCUGUUUACUGAAUUCCAUGUGAGACUAUGUGUUGUCCAUCAGUACUGGAUGAAAAAACUUAACCUUAUUAGACACUAGCAUACUGUGUUACUCCAGCCAAAGCACACAUAAAGAAGAUCUAACUGCUAGAACCGCACAUAACACCCUUCCCGCUAACCAUGACAUACAUUUAGAUGAUGGAUAAACCAUUGAAGAUCCAUCGUGUAGUUACAGUCCACAGCUGAGCGGAUUCUUGUGUUGAUUUGAAAUAGUUUAUGGCUAUGGAAAGUUCAGUAACUCUUGAGUUGAGUGCCGUGUCCACUGAAGUGAUUUUUUUUUCUGCUGAUAUUACCCAUGACCUCAAUUUCAGAGCCAUUCUCGCUGGUGUUUUACUGUUGCCAGGUUAUACAGGUUGUCCUGCCGCAUUUCCACUUCCCUUAAUAAUGUCCAGGUGGCUGUUUCAAUAUGCUUUGUAAGCUUUGUUUAAGCUUUCAUUUAAUGGCCCCGCCCCCUACUUGUUUCUGAUUGGUCAUUGAUUAAGAAGUGACAUAGAUGAGCGUGGCAGUGUUCAAAAAGUUGAACUUUUUGUCACUAAGAUUACUGCAGAAGCAUGAAUUAGUUGAAGGAGCUGUCGUUUGGCUGAUGGCCAAUAUAUAAUCAAGGUAUCAUGUUGUUGUUUUUUCAAUAUAAUGAUACUAACAAGUUAGAAACAGUACUGCUGAAUUCAGGUAAAUGUUUUAUUGAAUAAAUAAAGAUGAAAAAUUUAGGCUCAGUAAAAUAUCUAUGAUACAGUUGUGACUUUGGGAUUUCUGCCAAGCUAUUUGAAAUAAGUACGACAGAAAAAAAAAACAACAAAGAUAAUAUUAACUGCAUUAUUUUAAACUCCUAGUCAUCAAAAUUUAUACUGAAUGCCAGUCAGUCUUGGAUUUGAUUUGCUGUUAAAUACAUUUUCACGUGGAAAGAUAACAGUGAUAUCUGCCUGUGAGGACUGAUGCCAAUCUGACGAUGAUUAUCAAAAUACUGUGAAAUGGCCUGAAUAAUAUUAAUUGGUCUAUCUCUAAUGAAAACUAACUAGAGGAAUAGAAAACAUACUCAAGCAAAAUUCAUCUAUCAAAUUAAUUAUUGGUUUGACCGUUUUCUUUGUCUGUUAACACGAGACAGUGGGGAGUGGGGUUUAUUUCCUGUACUGCAGCCAGUCAGUAAGGGAGCUCUGUGGUCAAUUUGUGACCACAAGAUUCCAGACCAUCGGUAGCUCAGGGCCUGUAGAAAAUUAAAAAAAUUCAUUUCUAAUGCAUUUGAAAUUUUACUCACAAACUUAAGUUGAUGUAUUUUUAAUGAUAAAUUUUAAAAGUCAUGUUUACUUAUGGUCUGAUAUUGUGGGUUGGCAUGUGUGCUGAAAUGUACAAUUAGCCACCAACAGGAACCUGUGAUUUACCAACUGGCUGCUUUAACUCACUUUAGGUGUAUUUGAAAUAUUUCUCUGCAUCACUAUUGGGGAGAGGCAGAGAUUGAAAGCUGUUUCAAACAGUAAUAGUACCUUAUUGACCGAAUGAUUGGUUCAAUGAAUAAAGAAUUGGGCCAGUCAGCUGCAGAGGCUACAGCAUCAAUCACUGCAGACGCUGUCCUCUCUGAGGUCACUGCUGCUUUACUUCCUCUCUUGUGAGUCACCCACAGAUGGUAGUCAUGAUUAAUGUUAAUUAGCUGCUCCUUUUCAGGUGCCUUCAUAUCUCAGAAACAUGGGGUAAAAAAUGCAGUGUAAGCACUGCAAAUUCAUUUCAUCUAGUAAUCUUUUCGUAUUGUCUCUGCUGUGUGCUGCUACACAUCUACUAUUGUGAUAAAGGUGUAAAAUGCCAUUGAAACUGGAGGGCUGGAGAAGGUCCCUCUCCAGAAUAGCCAAUUGCAGUCGCAGAGUUUAGCCUUAAUAUCUAACAGCUUGGCAAGGAGUCACAGUGGGCAGAAAGGGAGGGCAGAGGCGUCAGUGUGGCCCUCACAGGCAUCAGCAGUCUCUUAUCUGCUCACAUUUCAGGGUAUAUAUAGCUGCAUGAGAGACCACGCCAAACCCAGCACAGCUCACAGACCUCCUAAUAGCCCCCAUGUUGAUUUCUGACUCAAUUCCUUUUGAGAACAACAUUGUGUCGACACCACCCUGCUGCUUGAUUGUAACAGCUGUUUGGGGGUUGUAUUGUGGAGAAGGAUUAAUGUGGAUCAUUAGUGAAUGAAUUCAUGUAAUUAUAUGAAGCAGGGGUUCUGUGUGCCCUCAAAGAGUCUGAAGAUCUCUAAAAUAUUUGUUCUACAAUCAAACAGUUUUUUAAGGGAUGAAAAAUGCUGACACAAAUGUGUCAUGUUGAGUUCAAAAUAAGAGCAUAUCUUCUUAAACAUGAUCAGGGUUUCUCUCUGGUUCAACAUGGGGCUUAGAUGGUUGUGCAUACCAGCAUCCCUGCCCAACCAAACACUUAUAGGUGACAUGUUUUAGAAAUGUUAAAUAACCAGUGAAAGUGCAAUCUCACUUCAGAGCCUCUUUCGUUAAGUAAUUAUUUAAUACAAUGCAACAUAAAGGUAAAAUUUGGUAUGAAAUGGUGAUUUUUUUCAUUUUUUAAAGAAACACUUGAUUUUGAUAAAUGUCCAGAAUUUCCUCACACAUCAAAGUACACAGUUUUGAAGCUUUAAAAUGUCAUGCACAUGUUAGUCUGCUGAUGCUCAUUAAACACAAUGAGUUGUUCACCUCCUUUAAUCCGAGUCACUAAAAUGAUGUUCCUCACACACCUGGGGUUUUGCAACAUUAUGGCGGAGGCACCACGUCUGACGACCAUGAGGGUUGCUAAAAUCGAUGCAAACUUCUUUAGCUUGUCGUUGCCAUCAUAGUACUCUGUAAAAGGUCUCCUAAAGUAUUGACCAGAACUUUUUGAUACCUGCAGAAGCCCUGUUUUUUUCAGAUUUUCUGUUUGACUGUAUAACUCUCUGGAUUGAUACCAUUGGUGUGUGCAGUCUAGGGGUCAAACUGUGAAUUUCAUUAAAGUGAUGUGUGUAGAAUACAGUAGCACAAAGAAGCAGAACAAUCCUGGUGGAAGCUGAGUAUGGUAUUCAUAAUUAUGUUUCAAUCUGAAUAUAUUGUUUUUGUUAACCUAGCAACCCCUAUCCAGUAUCUACACAGGCAGCUUCUAGCUUUGAAAUAACCAAGCUCUUCAACUAUUGCACACCAAACAACAGCCAGAAAGACUUAAAAACUGAAACAGUUAUUAGCUCAAAAACCAGUGUAAACUCACUCUGAGGACAAGUAUGAGAAAAAGUAAAUUCAUUCUGAUUAGCAGUCAGAGCAUUCCUCUGAAACCUGCACUGAUUCAGCUGAGACUGAUCUACCUGUUUACUAUCAAUCAGUACUUCUCACACACUCAGACACACCCACAGUUGCUCAAAACCACCAGAGAGCACCCGCAAUGAUGUUUCACUCACGCAGUGUCACCCCAGGUCACGUCUGUGGCGUCCUGCGUCAUCAAACUCGCUCGCUCUCUCUCUCUGCACUAAAGAUCAGCUCUGUUCUCUAACAGGCUCAGAGGAGACCUGGGAGGACAGCAUGUACCAAAAGAGAUUUGAACCACUGACUCAUUAGAAAGAUGGAACAACAAAACCCUUUCACCGAAGCUAAAAUAACCCAUCAUCACCGGUACACAUGACAAGAAAAUCUUUUACAAGACAUCCUUAGCCUUUUUUAGAGAUCUGUGAGUCAUAGUUGAGAUGCAUACAUUUUUUUUAACACUUUGUUGUUUCAGAUCCUUCAAAGUUAAAUCUUAUCUCCAGUGUUAGUGUAUAUCCUCAGAUAAAGUCUGGUUUUUUUUCACUUUAUGUCCAGGCCCCUUCUAAAAUUGUAAAGCUCAUGCACCUGUGCUUUACCUGUGUUAAUGCUCCUCAGGUGAAGUUGUCCCUACAGUGUGUCUGAACUCCUAACACCGUGACAUCUGCAAGUCUGUAUAACUAGUGGAGACGGCAGUUGUUGAGACUCCAGCUUCUCCUUCUCUCUGUGCAAAUGAUUUGGACAAAGAGCUCAAAUCAUUCUGUAUUGAUAAAAAUAAAUCAAUACAAUAAACAAAAAACAUAACAGGGACAGAACCAUAUCAGUACAUAGGCACAUAAUGAAUGAGCAGAUCUAAAGUCACUCCUCCUCAGUGUACUACCAAAAAAGUUCCACUGUUCUACAACUUUUUUGACUAUUGAUUUGUUAUUGAUUCAGUGAAAAAAUCCCUUAAUAAUCAGGAAUAUGUCAAUGUGUUUCAGUACAGCCGAGUCUUCAACAGGAUAUGGUUUGGACCAGUGGUUCCAAAUGUUUUUCUGCCGUUCCUCCUUCUGAGGAUAAAAAAGUUCUGAUAAAUCUGUUUUGUCUGACCAUAUGUUCCUUACCCUUGAAGAGCACCUGUUUACUAUAAAACUUUUGUACAUUUUGCUUGACCCAGUGCAGCCCUCACCUUUUUCUUUCAACUUUAUCCAAGAGCUGGUGGGAGGCAUAUGUUUGUAAUGAAUAGACUCAUGAAAAAUGUUCCCAACUGCAUUAAAACAAAGACAUAAGAGAAUAGACAGUGAACCUCAGUAUUAUGUUUUAAUCUGGGUAAUUCACAGCUAUGAGGUCUGGUACCUGCCAUGUGAAGACUUUGUUUAUUACCAUGAAAAUGUAAGACUAAUGUUAAAAAGCUUGAGCGUAAUGAGGAUGAAUCAUUAGAAAUGAAAUGUGGGCUGAGCAACCAAACAAUAAGCUGAAAGGCAUCAAAACAUUCAAUUGAACUCAAGUUCAAAAGUACCCACAUUCCACUUAUUGAGGGUCAGAGAAUAGAGCCACUUGACUGACAAAAACUUAUGCACACACAUAGAGUUAAAUACUGUCUCAUUUCUGCACUUUCACUGUCUCUUCCCCUCUGGCGCCUCAUAUUUGAUUCCUUUUAGUCUCUAAAUUUCCAGCAGCACAGCGGCUGGUUUUGUCCAGCCUCUGUGGUUUUGUGAAGUAGGCAAAAGGGAUCCAGAGCAUUAAGUGCUGCCUUCAUAGUGCAGCACUGUAAGUGUAAAUUGGCUGUGCGCUUUUAAGUCCUUUAUGCAUCGGUUGCAAGCAAACAAAUGCAUCUUGUUGCCACAGUAGCUAUGGUAACUCCUGGUUAGAGCAAUCUCAGGGGAGGUUGAAAAUGCAGAGUGGCUGGAGUCUAUGUGUAUGUGGUGCAAGUUUGUAGUCAUGCACGUGUUGUUUCCGUGGAGACAUCCCCUCAUAAGAAGUGAAAUCCAUAGUUUGCUAACAUCAUAUCAAUCUCGUGUGUGUGUGUGUGUGUGUGUGUGUGUGUGUGUGUGUGCGCGUGCGUGCGUGCGUGUGUGUGUGUCCUGUGAGAUGUUACUCCCACGUGUAAGAGUGGCUUGUUUUCAUUUUACUUUUUGCAGCUCAUUUCACUCAACCGCCCCGAGACUGUGGCUGUGACAGCACUGUGGGAAAAACUGAAGUCAGGUUAAACCAGGGCUGGGAAUGAGCAGUCAAGAGUUCAAAGUUCACACAGGCUGGUGUUGAGAUUUCAGCGCUGAAGUUAAGAGCCAUGUUCAUACUGUGAGUCUGACUUGACAGAAAGAAACUUAAUUCCUGGUACCACAGAUCAUCCUGGAUCUUCUCUGUAAACUCCCUCACAUAUUUCUUGAUCCUUGUGUUUGCACAGCGUGAGCUCUCACAUAAUGAUAGGUUUGAGCUGGUGUGAUGUUAAGGCUCUGCUGGUGUUACAGUCUGAAGGCUCAUAAAUUGGUGGAAUUUGCAGUGAUGAAUAAUUUCUGCCUCACACAAAAUCAUACACAACUUUAUUAAGAAAGUUCUGCAUAUUUUUCACAAGUUAAAGUUGGAUUUUUUUAAAUCCCUGAAAGGAGACUCUGAGGAAUUGAUAGGUCAUAUCACACUUGCCAUGAUUAUUACACUGAGUAUUUCCUCAUUUUGUAAUCAAGCAUGAUCAUUUCCUUGACUUAAAUGACGGACAUAACUGGUGAUAAAUAGUGAGAUUUGGAUCAUACACAUCUACCCGCCUGUGUUAGCUGCUGACAUAAAGCUUGGUGGGUUUGUCACUGCGACUGGCGUUCUUUGCUGAGCGGUACUCUACUGAAUGUCCACGGCUGUCCGGCCAGACUCUGUGUGUUUUGGCCACCAGUGUGAGUUGGCCUGUCUCCAGUCUGCCUACUCCAGAUCCAUAUGCUGAAUUAUUGAUAGAGCAGCAGUCAGAGAGAGAGAGAGAGAGAGAGAGAGAGGCAGAGGGAGAAAGAAAGAAAUAGAGACCUUAAGGAGGAGAAAUUACACUAAAGAGGAGAAGAUGCACUCAGAGGAGAGGCAGAGUGCCGAGAAGGAGGAGAGCAAGACACCCACACAGCAGGGAGCAGGAAAAGUGAGAGAGGGGGACAGAUUAAAGAAAUAGGAGCCUCACACACUGAACUCAACACUGAUCAGCAACACCAGAUACUUUUAUUUAUUCAGACGCUGCUGUGAACGACUGCCUCUCCCUCUCUGUGCUGCCUCGGGAACACACCGUGCUGCUGUCUGCAGGCUCUCCCUCUGACGCCCUGCAGGACCCCCAUUAUAGCCGUGGGAAAAUGAUAGUAUACAGAGAAAGGCAUGGAGGGGACUUGAAUAUGUUAGACUUUAGUGAAGGAUUUUUAUUCCAUCUUUCACUUAAUCUUAGUUGAAAGCUUCCAGGAGUAAUUUUAGGUGCUUAUAAAACCAACUGGUUUAUUGAUAGCUCCAUGUGACCCUAUAAAGGCAAGCAGGAACAUCAUUGACUUGGUUGAUUAAUAGUUGCUUUUCAUGCCUGUAACCACUGCCACUAGGUCUAUAAUCUUGGAAUUCACUGGUUGGCAUCCAGACAGGUUACAGCUGCCAAGGCCAAUAUCCAUUUUUUUCAGUUCUUCUGGUUUAGCCAGCAGCUAUUGCUGAGGGACUUCUGACACUAAGUUCUUUUUCCAUGUUUUUCAUUUGUGUAAAGUUUGACAUGAAAUUUGGGGCUGCCAGGUGAUUCAUUUCACGAUUAAUCGCAAAGUGACAAUAAUUCAUCAUGUUUAAUCGCAGAAUUGCAAUUUUUUUUUUUUUUUGAUUGGUGACCCCACCUUCAAAAGCGUCACAUUUAUGUUGCUGCCAUCUUGAUUUUUACUGUAAUUAGGGAUUAUAAAAGGGCAAUGGUAGGCAAUGUGAAAAUAAUCAAAUACAUCACACAUUUUUGGUUAAGACAUUUUAUUUGAAAGUCCUUAUUCAAGUUUUCACAUGUUUGCAACACCCAGACCUGAAAAGAUUUUCUCUUCACUGUUUCUCCUUUUUUAGGAGUCAGUAGUUUCACUAAUAGAAAUCAAAACAGACAUUUUUAGAAGAAGAUUUAAAUUCUUUACUUAAGAAUUAUUCCAAAACUUUUCAUUCUCAUGUUGAUCUACUUCUAUAAGGAUGAUUUAUGAGGGAUUUUUCUGCCCCGCAUUAGACUGCCAAAGUAAACACUUUUAAGCACAGAGUGUGGUUUUUAAUCUUACUUGUGGAGAAAGACAUUCUGCAGUGUGCUUUUGAUACUAGCAGUAGUUUGCCGAGUGAUAGAUAAACAAAUUCUUCACUUUGUGGCUUUGAAGUUUAAAAAAGUUCCAUUGUCGAAGUGGGUUAAUGUAGUGAAGACACACUUGCUACCACACUUUGUACCCCACAGAAAAUAUGAUAUCCACUCUCACAGAUUAUCGGAAUAAUGGAAAAUGUUUUAAAUAGAUUUUGAUAUUGCAGAGUCCUGAAUGGAAGCUAAUGGCUGCUAGAAAGGGGAAAAACAGAUUGGAAAGUGUAAAACAUAAGAGCAUCCACAUAAAAUAUAACUUAGUGAUGUACAGGAAAUGGGAUUUGUAAAAGUGAGUAGAAAGUUGACAAAAGAUGAUGUAAUAUCUGUAUGUGAGAAAUGUUCUACGUCAAUUGGCAGCCUAAAAGGAACCAAAUCAGAUCCUGUUGUUUGAAUCUAAACAUCAAAUUACAAAUAAAUAUUAAGAAAUUUUCACUUUUUUGACUAUGUACAGAGGUGAGAUGAGUUGCUGAAGGAUGGUCUAUAUCACCAGCUCUGUAUAAUUUCUGCUGAGGCACAUUGUGUAAAAUGGGAAUAUUAAAGGAUAUGUGACGGUCAAAUUCUGGAUUAAUACCCUCUCUAUUUGUGAAGCAACAAUGACCUCUGUGUAAGGGGGUUCUUCUUUUGUACACUUAUUAAAGGUCAUUUCAUUGAGAUAAUCAUGCACUAAUUUAAGCAUACUUAUGAACAAUAUAUAUUCCAUUUUUACCCAGUCUGCUCUACCAAAUGUCACGGAAUACAUCACUGUGCAUAUUUGGAGCUUGAUAGACGCAUAAAGUUUACCCUGAUGGAGACUAGGAGUGUUAUGUUCUAACCAAAAUUUGGCUCCUGAAGCAACGUUGUCACCCCAUUUGGCCCAUCAGCAAAAAGCUAUUUCCUCAAUGAGUUGUUUGAUCAAGUGUUGACUCUCAAGCCUCUCAGCAGGCUAACAGCUGAAAAUGACAGCUGUUAACUCCUGUUAAUGGGCCAACGCUGAUGUAUAUAGUACAAUAAAAUAUCAUGAUCAAUAUAAUAUGAUAAAUAUAAUAAUACCAAUCACAAUGAGUAGUGAAAUGGAUGUACUCUGUUACUUUGUGGAUAAAACUAUUUAAGCAUGUAGAAAAUGAAAAUGUGAGUACAGAUCAAAUUCAUCAUCAAAUUAUAAUAGAUGAAAUCUACAGUAGACACGGUAUUACUGAUACAAAACAGUCAGUAAAACCUCCCACCUCCCCUCAACCUUUAAUUGUCCCAAGCUUUAAAAAGAUUCUCCAUGACUGAAAAGUUUACACUUGCUCUAAGCUCAGAGUAAACUUUCACUUGAACUUUUGAUUAUAUUGAAAAUCUAACCCUCUGAAACCCCGUAAAACUCUAAGAUCUCAAUAUCAGUCAAAAUUACCGUAGCUAAGAGUUUUGCCAAGAGUUAGCAGCCUCACUGAACUCCCAGGAAAACUUUAAAAACUUUUGAGACAUGCAGCGUCCUCCUUUAUAACAGCAUUCUGUGGCUAACUGUUGACUAAAUUAACACUAAAACAAAAUAACUUUAACCUCGAAAUCUCAUGACUUUGUUCUCGUAAUAAUAUGACUUAACUAAGACUUUAUUCUCCCAACAUUACAGUGUGGUGUUCUCAUGGUUUUAUCCUCGUAACAUAGCUCAUUUUUUUCUCAAAAUCUUAAAAAAAGGAUUUCUUUUAAUCUCACAAGAAUACUCCGUCAUAAUUUUCAUACCCAGUGUGUACAGCUAAAUAAUGCGGUGGAUCUUCUUGAUGUGGCUGAUGUGGUUUUUGGCCUUCAUCAGAGCACUCAGACUUGUUCAAUCGAGGUAAAUUGUGAACUUACCCAAAAGUGGUCCAACUGAGUGCUGGAUUUGAACCACAAGUGAAAAAAACGAGUCCAAUUAAAUAUAAAAAUUCAGAAAUUUCUCAUCAUUGUGUUCUGAUUGAAUAACCUCAUGAUAUUUGAAGUCAAGCAUUUUUAAAUAGUUUGAUAAUUAAAGGUCAAGCUCAUUUGUCCACUUAUCUAUUCGUACUGUCUGUUGUUUUUUCUGAGAAUUCAUUUCAGAAGAGUUUUAGAAAAGACUAAACUUUCAGCGGGGAACUAAUACAGGGAAAUACUUAAUGACAUAAAAUGAUUUCAACAGGACCCUGCGUCAAUCUGUGAGAUUAAAGCAUUCACUUUUUCAGUUCUUUCCUUCAGUGUUGGCUCUUCUGAAAAAGUCCUUGCACAGUUCUGUAUAACACAGGGAUCACUUGAGAUUUCAGGUUUUUAUAAUGCAUGCAGAAAAAAAUGAAAGUUUUAUGGUCGGUGACUCACACUCCUCAAUCAUUUUGUGCCUUAAAACCAGAUGAGUCGUCAGUAAAGCAGAGAUAGAUGAUGUCCUCACUGCUGCCCACAUUGUUGCCGUGCUGCAUUGAUCUGAUACUUGCUGAUGAACUAAUACUCGUGUCUCUUUCUGCUGCUGCAGUCCAUGCAGUCAUCCAGAGGCUCUCCCUCCCUGUGGCUGAGAAAGCAGCAGCAGCAUGUCCCGCAUCUCCUCCACCGCCAAGCGCUACGCUGGCCCCUCCUACACCAGCCAUUACAGCUCCUACAGCUCCCUGAGCCCGGGCCUUAGCUCUUACGAGCGGGACAGAGUGUCCUCCUACAAGUCCCCAAUCUCCUCUUCCACCUCUUCUUCAGGUUACUCCUCUUCCAGCUACCUGAGCAGUUCAGCAGCCCGCAGCCGCAACUACAGCACCUCCUCAGAUCCUGACCCCGACAGGGGACGCACCAUCCCUCGCACAGACAUCCUUGGAAGCAGCAGCAGCAGCAGCAGCAGCAGCCGUCGGAGCAAGAGCCUCAGCAGGACCCCCGCCAAGAGCUAUGGCGGGUCAGGGCUGAGCGGGGGAUCGACCUACACCGGCUCCAGCUCCUACUCUUCAUCCUCUGCCCAGAUCAGCUACCUCUACUCUUCACCGGUGGCCUCGAGCAUCUCACUUAGCCGACGAAAAUCUGUAUCCCAGAGUGACCUGAGCAGGGACCUGGCCUCUCUGGGUCUCAACGACUCCUCCACCUCCUCCUCUUCCUCCACCCCUUCCUCAUCCACCAGUGCCCUGCGGAGCUACCGCAGUCGGACCAGCAAUGUGGCCAACUCGUACAGCUCCAACUCUCGCCCGAGCUACUCAGGCCUGUCACGGAGCUCUACUCAGGAGGCCCUCUCACGGAGCUCCACCCAGGAGGCCUUCAGUAGCAGCAGCAGCAGCAGAGUAUACAGCUCUUCAACAUGGGAGCCAAGUAGUAACGGGCUGUCCGACUCACCCACCAGGGACUCCACGGUAAGAGAGUGUCCUCUGUUGUUGCACGUUCUUGUCUAAGUUGCUUUUAUUAGGCUGGGAAGUGGGGAUCGAUAUCCAGCAGCUGAGUAGCUGCAGUCUGCACCACAGAGGCACACUGGUUUCAUUUCUGUGGCUUCACACACAUAGCAGAGCUGAACAAUGCUCUGUGGCUUCUGAGUACCCUCUUUUUACCAAAGGGGGGCACUGCUGCUCAAAUUAACUUGAUGGACUUGAACACAUGGUUCAUAAACUCACACAAGGUACUAAACACUCUCUCCCCUCCUUUUCUUUUGUAGGCUCUUCAGAUGUGAUAGUUUUAGUUUAUGUGACAGGAAUCUACCAUAUCUAAACUGCAGCUUGUUAUCCCUGUACACAGGUACUUCAUGUUAUGUGUCAAAUGAGCACAGAUACCUGACCCCUUAUUUCCCACCAAUUAACACACUGACACCUCCUUGAAGGUGGCUACCGUGUGCUGGACUCUUCAGGCCAAUAGCCCCAUCUCUGAGUGAGGUAUCAGUGACCUGAUCUGUGUGUAUGCAGGUCAGAGAGCACAACUGACCCAGUUCCUGUUAGGAUUAGUUCCCAUGACCACUUACAUGAAAGGAGGAGGAGGAGGUGGAGGGAAUGGACAUUAGAAAGGAUAAAGAGAAGUGGAGAGAGAGAAUUGAAGUAUAUGAGGGAAUCUUCCAGCACUUUGCUUUAUCACAUAACACUAAUACUGAUAGACACUGAACUAAAACUCUUUUAAAAAUAUAACAACUAAAUAAAAGUUGCAGCAUUAGAAGCUAAAUAAAACUUCACUAAAAUUGGAUGUAAGAAGUCAAACAACGUCAAGAUACAAGUUAAUGACAUUUUUCAAACCAUAACAUUGGUGCAGAUUUGCGGUUUUAGCCAGAAAGUUGAAGUAAAUGACACAGGAAUUCUUUACAAUAAAAGAAAAAUGUAUUUUAGUAUCAGUAUGAAUGUAUCGAUGUCAGUCAAAAUGAGUUUUUGCAAAUAUCAGAAAAAAUCCUAUAUUGUGCAUCGCUAACAAUGUUUCUUAAAUGUAUUAUAAACCCAGCCCUGCAUCUCUAAUCAGUCAGGUGCUGCCUUUCAGCUUAUACAAGUCUCUAUUCAGACCCAGAUUAGCAACCCAACACAACCUAAACAUCACAAAAUCCCUGUAAAUCAAAGCCGUUUUGUGUAGCAGAAGUCCCACUUCUGCUACACAAACACAAACACAAACCUCUGCUCGGUCCACAUAUGCUCCUAACUCAUUGCCACUGACUCUACUCAGGCCUUUUCCUGGCACCUCCAAAAUUGUCUGCAAGAAGUCAGACACUUGAACGCAGCAGGUCAAAGUUCAAACUCAGUGGCAGUGUGGGGAUUGAUGUUUGCUCCUGCUCUUUUUGUCACCAUGCAUGAGGAAGCAUCUUAGUUAUAUCAUAACCUGCCAAAGGCUUGCGAGUAGAUUAAUAGCUUUUCACACCACUUACCUGCAGAUGAACUGGCAAGUCUGAACCUGACUCUUAUGUUCAUCCAACCUGUGAAGUAAUCAACACUUAUCCAUUAUGCUCAGACAGAGAACUACGCAGCUCAAACCGGGCUUCACCAGCUGAGCUAUUGGCACUGUUAAUGAACCUCAGGCCUCUGUUACUCCUGACACAUUUAAUCACCUUCAUGCUCCAGAUCUGAGCGCCUGCUCUGAUGGAGGUCGGAAAGCAAAAACCAGCCAUCACAUAGGUCUUGAAUUUCACAUUGUGAUUAGUUCGAUGUUGAUUUGUUUACAGUGGAUAAAAAGAAAAAAUCCUCAAACAGUGGGGAAAAGGUAGGAGAAGUGUAAGACAAAAAAAGACAUUACACAUUACAGAUCUAAAAAACUUUAGAUGGUGGAUAGUGAACACUUAAUAACAUGGCGCGGGUUACAGAAGUGUUUAUAAGACUGAUAAUUGGGGAAAAAUGUCACUGACUCUGACUCUGACAGGACAGAAAAUUCAAUCAAGUGCCAAACUAACUCAUGUUCUCCUCACUUUGUCUUCCUUUAGCCCAUGUUAAGAGGACUUUAGAAUAAACUGUGAGUGUAGAUGCAGCUCAAACUGUGAGUGUGACAGACUGUUUUCAGUGAAAGAAAUCUAACCUUUUCUAAAUCAUUGCAAACAUAUUCAAAUCAUAUCUAGAGUAAAUUGUUUCAUUUAUUUUGUCAGUUGUGUGAUAAGCCGAAUAAUCGACAGUGUCCUCCUGAACUAGACUUAUAGGUAAUGUGAAGAGGAGUUUGACACUGAUGCCUCUUAAUGUCCCUCAAAAGCAAACAAGGCUGAUAACACCACUAUCUUAAAUUUCAGUGUUGCUGUCAGAGGAAAAGCAUUAAACCAACUGAUUAACAGCAGCUUGAAAAAAGGCCCUUUUUUACUUACUACACAAAAAAUUGUCACAGUGAGCAAUGAGUAACUUUGUUCAAAGACAUCAGGGUGAGAUCUUCGUUUGAAAACACUAUGUUCACAUGUACAGAAAAAGAAAGGAGAGGUAUGACUUUGUCUAUAACAGGUGCCAACACCAACACAAACUACAAGUUCCUCACACCAGCUUUAAAUUUCAAAAAGUUUCCUGCAAGGUCUCAGUACAUCAUGAUGUCUGUGUAUACACUAGAUACACUAGAUAGAAAGAAAGCAGGGGAAUUUGUGCCUCUCACUGUCAAACUACACACACACACACACACACACACACACACACACACACACACACACACACACACACACACACACACACACACACACACACACAAACACACACACAGUGUACUGCAGAGGUGGUAAACUCAAAAAAAGUCCUACUCGGUUUAAAAUACUAUUACACUUAGAGGCUUUUAGUUGUUUGUUCUUAGUUGUUUGAAACAAACUGGAGACUAAAUUGUGUGGUGAUGUUGAAGUUUGAGUUUAGGCUGAAUUAGUUGAUUUGUUUAUUCUACAUUUGAGUUAUGCUCUCUAUUACCUUUUGUGAGAAUUUUAUUAGAGUAUCAUGAGAUGUGAUAAAGAGACUUGUUAUAACCGAAGGACCCUUGGAUGGUAAAUCUUAGACCUGCUCACCCUGUCAAUAACCCAGAUCAGCCGGGACAACUAGUUACAUGUAUAUUUUCUUACACGUAACAGUUGGAUUCCUGCUGUAUCUCUUAUUUUUUGUGUUUGAUUCAUAAAGAUCUUUACAUCUCCUGACCCAGUUUGAUCAGCCUUUAUCCUCCAGUUCUCCUCUGAAGGUAUUUUUAACAGAGCUGUUGUUGGAUUAUUGGUCCAGUUGCCAAAUAUGUCUGACAAGCUGUCUCCACAUUCAGUAUUGUUCUCACUUUGUUCCAACAUGGACACGUACAGUGUGACCUAAUUUAGUUUAGUGUAGUUUCCUGAUAGCCAGUGAAAACAGUUUACAUCCACUUCUCUCUUCUGGUUAUGAUAUGUUGUACACUGAGGUAGAAAAAGACCCAUCCUUGCUUGAAUGCCCAUUUAGGUGAAACACUAGGAUGAUGGUGAAGUUGGCAAGCUUUUACUGCAAGUUUAAUAUUUUUAUAAGAGCUGCGGACACGCCUAUGCCUCUGGCUGAUUAAAGUGGUGUCUUAUACAUGCAUGCAUCUUCCCAGUGCCUUCACCUCUAUGAAAGAUGUAUGGCACAGAGGACGAUUCAUAUUGUUGUUGUUAUUUUAAUUCAUGACUUACUGUAGUUUGACACCCAGACUUACACUGACUUGUGUUUUUAAUGUUAUGCGCUUUAUGUCCGUAACUCUGUUCAAAAGUGCCCAUUAGAGCCAGGACAUUUUUUUCAAGGAGAUCUUUAAUCUCAGUGAGGGUUUCCUGGUAAGAUAAAUAAAAUAAAAAAAUAAAAUAAAAUAAAAUAAAAAACUGGGUCAUUUACAAUAUUUAACCUUUCCUGACUGGCUGGGCUGAGGAGAUAUCUACUGUUUAUUUCAACUCUUAUUUAUUUUCUCAGCUCUGGCCAUUGUUUCUAUUAGUUGUGAAAUAUUGGACUUGAUAAAACACUCACAAAGGUCUUUUGAAAAAGGUUAAACAAUGCAAAUAGUUGGCUAUUAACCACAUUUUAGAACUCAGUUUUUCUGUGCACUGAGUCAUCAUUGAAACAUGAUUGACCUGACGUCCUACCUGUAGAUAAAGGGGUUCACACUGGCUUGUCAUCUGACAUCUGACAUCCACCUGUGACUCAUAAACAUGAAGACAAAGUGCAGUGUUACCUCACCUUGAAUCAAAGCCAGCUGUUUGUUAAGACACGUCUCUUAAUCUUUUUUGCUCUUUGGAUCCUACAAACAAACAAACACACAAAACAACAGGAAGGCAUACCGAAGUUAGAGGUGCCUUGGUUUUGCCCUGAGUUCUGCCCCUCAGGUUUUUGUGUCUGGACUUUUCUGUUGAGUCAACAGUAUUUCCAGACUGUCUGACUCUCAGCUUGUCGCUUUAGUUUGAUAAAGACAGAAAGAAAAGCCUGGAAUGACUUGAUGCUGUACCGCAGUCUUUGGCGAAGAAAAGGCUGUGUGGCUUAUUGAUAGAGUUUUGUGUGUAAGUUGGUGGCACAUCACAGCCGCUACAGAAUCAGGAUCUUUACAUAAAUCAAAGUAAAUCAAAACUUGGUAUUUUAGAAAGAAAAUGUCUUUAUUUUGGAGGAUGGGCUUUCUUUGAAUACAGUUUAGGGUGUUUAGAUACAGUGGGAUUAGUGUACAUUGCUACUCAGUCAGUUAUCAACAAUUAUUUUAAAAAUAAGCAUCAAGAUUAAGAAUAUUGUCACAAAAAUACUGAGAAAGAUACUACUUUUAAAAAAAUUCAAAGAAAUUCAGGAAAUGGGUUGAACAGUUAAAACACAGUCACUUUUACACCUCUGUACCAUUUAUUUGUAUGAGAAGUGCAACAAAGUUUCAUCUUUUUAACUUCCUUUCUUCAUCUGUUGUGGUUUUGUAUUACUACCCAGCUUCCAUCACCACAUUCAUGCAAUUCAACUUCUACCUCAAAGCUCAGCAUGCAAACACGCCAAACCAGUCUCAUAUACAUGUUAGGGAAAAUCAGUCCCCAACCACAUUAUCCUCUAGCUGUGUGUAAGGUCAAACUUAGCCAAGUUUAAAUGUAAUUUCUAAUUUAGGAUGGAGUUUAUGCACUACUGGUGAUUGUUUAUUGCACCAGCUCAGAGUUUCAAUGUAGGAAUAAGUUGGAGAUGUUAAGUCCCCUUUAAAUACCAAUUGUCUUUGCGCAUCAUUUUUCAAGACAGGAUAACUUGGAAGAGGACAAGGAGCAGAGUUUAACUUGCUGUUUUGUGCAGGCAGUGUGUUUUCCAUGGCAGACUUUAUCAAUCAGAAAUAUUUUAACUUUGAUCUGUACUUCUGCUGUCCAGCAGAGAGCUGUUCUGAGUACCACUGUAUUAUAUCAUAUACUUGAUGCACUACUCUUUGUCAUCGUUGUUUACGGGAUAAACUAUCUUCUUUUCAUAAAGCCUUGUCAUAUUUUAUAUGCCUUUACGCUGCUGUUAGUGCAGUAACAGGAGUUUCAGUUUUUUUGGCUUCAUUUUAGAAGAGCUGUUGUGUUAGUCAUUUUAUCACUCAGGGCUCUAUUUUCGUUCGCGCCGGUGAGGCGGCGAGCCCCGCGCAGUUGUAUUUUCGUCUGGCGGAGCCCAGCGUAAGGCCAAUUUGGUAUUUUCGUGGCAUGAGCCGCACGGAGGCGAGCCGAGAUCCGCCAAGCUGGGCGUGGUGGUGUGGCAGGGGGAGGUGUCGACAGAAUCAGCAGGCGCAGUGACAUUUUCGUGCUCGCCACUGGCGUGUAAAGUGCGCUGAAAGCUCGCCGAUUCAAACCUGGUCAGCUUUCAGCGCAAGGCGGAAUGCAGCUGGUCCAGUAGUAUUUUGGUAGACCGGCGGCGUAUCGACAUACGUCACUGAUGCCUCACCGGCAGGUUUCCACAGUGUCAGGCACAUUUCAGUGCAAUAAAUAAUCAUCAUCAACUAUUAAUGUGAGUCAGCACAUACAUUUAGAUCUAUAUAGAUAUAUUCUGAUCUAUAUCUGAUCUGAUGAGCGCGUUUGGCACGCGUUUGGACACACAACCUGACCGAAUCAACACAGCUGAAACCGCAUCAAAUUAAAUUAAAUAUCUAGUAAAUAUUCACACAUGAUGAAGUUAACUCGAUAUGUAAUUCGUCUCCCUCCUUUUCUUUCUUCCUCUUCCUCUUAUUUCUCGCACAGCUCGACCUGGACACGUCUCCGUGUCCUCUGUCCGUCUUGCUUGCUGCUGCGGCUGAACAGAUGAUUUGUUUCAGUGCUCAGAUGCGUUAUCUACUUUAAGCCGACAUACGGAUAUUAUAAUAUUCAGUUUUGUGAGCCAAAUUUAUUUUAUAUGCCAACAUCUAUGAAAGAAAGAGCCAGGCCACGGAGCGCGAUGCGUCAUUUACGCACAGAUGGUUCCGAUUUUUAUGCCAUUUUUGGAGUUUAUGUUGUGAUCUGUGCGCUCAACCGACCUUUGUCACGUGAGGUUUGAAUAUGAGCAACUUUAUGUGAGUGUCUUUAUUUGUGGAAAAGGGUGUUUGUCUUACCACUGGGUCCAACAUUACGCACACUAAAUCCAUCUGUGCUCAGAUGAGAGAGUGUGGAGGACACUUGUUGAGGAGCUGCCCUCUGUCGCCAUCUUGUGGCAUUACUGUCUUAAGACAUCUCUUGAUCUCUUUGACUACUUCAUGAAAAUAGUAAUACGCCUCGCCUGUGGCGGAUUUAAAGGCAAGGAGAGGAGCCUAUGUGAUUGGUGAAAACAGGUCUCGGCUGUGUUAAACCCACUAACCGCCCUUUCUACGACUUAUGGUGCUGGGAGGAGCUGAGUUAGGGAGGGGGGAUACUUACGCCGGGCUGCGCGGCUCACCAAAAUACCAAAAUGUGCUUGGGAACGCCUUGUCAGCGCGGCGGAUCUGAUUGACGCUGCGCUUGCGGCAGAUCUCCGGCGAGGCACCAAAAUAGAGCCCUCAGUCUUCAAUAGCAGGUUAUUUGGUUGGGUGUGGGCUAAACCUUCUCCAGGGAGUUUUCUGCUCUCCCCUCCUGCUGCACUUGCUCGUACCUUGUUUAUCUAUUCAGAGAUCAGACCUUGAUAUUCAAUUCUACACUGACUGAACAGAAGACCUCAUUCUGUGCUGGAACAUGAAACUAAAGGCUUCACUCUGUUCUGGACCUCUCCCACACUCCCCCCUGUGCUUACCCGCAUACUACUCUGCGGAUGAGGUGAUGCAGCAUCAGUGCUAGCAAGUUCAAGACUGCCAUGUACCUUGCAGUAAUGUAGUACAAGGGUCUGUGACUACUGUCAACAACCGUGGAUUGCUUUAGCUUCCCUCCAAAGGCAUCAUGCUGUAACCUGGUUCCAUUCAACACCUGAAUAGAGAGUUUUCAGGCUAAUGUGACUGAUAUAGCUAACCGUCUCUAGGGUAACGCUGCGGAGAGAUGACAUUUGCCCCAUUUUAAAUCAGACUGCUCAGCUCUUUGCAGCAGAUAUCCUAAAACAAACACUGACUCUUUGCCCCCUCAGUUGAAGUUGUAGCUUUCCACCUCAAGGAUUUGGACAUUCAGACACACACACACACACACACACACACACACACACACACACACACACACACACACACACACACACACACACACACACACACAGACUCACAGACGUUUAGCCUGGUGAUGGAAUGUGCUCCUUGGGUAUUUGUUGUGCACACAUGCUUUGGCCCGGGUCAUGAGAUCUCUGCUCAGGGACAUGUUGCACUUUUCUCUCUGCACACAUUCAAAUGUUCUUGGCUAAAAUCAGUGACACGGUAAACCUGAAAUGUAAAUGAAUCCUUUCUCUAAGAAUAAAAACAGAAGUGCAUGCCGGCUGAUAAUUUAUGUGGUUAUAAAGAUAAGACGUGAUGAAAUAUUUAUCUCACUGAAAUUCUGCUUUAGUUUUGAACCAAGUCAAAUGAAUGAUGAGGCAGCUUUCGUAGAAACAAGGAUUUUCAUUUCUCUCAAACCUUCUCUCCGUGUCCAAGGAGAAGGUCUCUGUCACUUUUUUUUCAGAAUAUUUCUGGUUUUUGCCUUGUUUAAAUGAGAAAAACCCAACUCAAAACAGAAAUGUCUCACCUUCAGGUUUAUUUUGAAAGUAACACAGAUCUAUUAAAUAUCCAAAAACACCAGAGUAUCCAUGCCAGGCCAGUGGUUGGCAGUAGUGGUCGACUGAACAUAGUUUUUGAACAGUGGAUAUGGAUAAGGAUAGAGCAGGACAGCCAAUGGCUGAUAUUUAAUGCUUAUAUUGCAUUGCUGUUGUUGUUUUUGUGUUUGACAAAUUAUGGCAAUGUAACAGUACUAAUUGAUAAGAAAUAAAAGUGCUGAAUUUCACCACAUUUUGAUAAAUAAAAUGGAAAACUUUUUGCCAUGGUAAAAUAUAAACACAUUGGGCUUAUGAAUCUAUCCAGUUGUCUUAAUUUCUUUUUAAUACUAGGUUAAUAUUGUGGUCAAAAUCAAUAAAUGAAAUCAUCAUUAAUUUAUGUAAAUUAUAAUGAUUUAGGGUCCUAAACUUUGACCUGUUUUCAUCAAGACAGACAAAUAUAACAACUUCAGACUGACAGGGAUGUCGUUACUGAAAGCUCCCAUGAGAAAUGUUUGGUUUUGUUGUUUCGACUGUUCCUAUGGACAACGCAGUCUCAGCUUAUCUUGUCUUGUACAUGCUAGGGUUCUUUAUAGGAGCUUUAACUACCGGAUGUAAGUAAGUCAGUAAAGAUUAUGUAGAGAGCACUUUUCACUGGUACAAAUCAUAAAGCAGUGUACAUAAAAUAAGUGCAAUUAGAUAAACAUAAAACAGUACAAAAGAUAAGUACAUAUACACACACCAAAAGGAAUACAGUACAGGUGAAUACGGAAAUAAGUGCAGAUAUAAAAGAUAGGCAAAAGAGACAAACAAAACCCUGUUAAUUAAAAGCUUGUCUAAGUAAAAGAGCCUUCAACUGCAUUUUAAAAGAAUCCACUGAGUCGAUCAACUGGAGGGAGAGGGGCAGAUCGUUCCAGAGUCUGGGGCGUACAGCAGAGCUGGCCCAAGCCUCAAAGUGGCCCUAAGCAAAAUUUGAUUUUGGGGCACUCUAUUUCUGCCAAUAAUAUUGAUUGCUGAUCAUUCACACACCUUCAGAAAUCUCUUUGAUUAACAUUCCAUGACAUGCCUAUAUCUUUUUUUUUCCUCUUCCUCCUCUUUCUUUCUCUUUCUUUUCUCUGCUCCUGAAGGAUAUGUCAUUUUUUUGCAUCAUUGUUUUGCCCCACAACUACCUGGGCUUUGGAUGCUCAGUACACAUUGCACAGCAGAAGGCACAUAACGGUAGCGGAGCUUUGACAUGUUGGCAGUAAGAAUCAUAGGUCUACAUCAGCACUGAAAUGUUUUUACUUUAUUUUAUUUUAUUUUUACAAUAAUAUAUAUUUGAUCAUACAGAAAGCAUCACUCAUACAUGCAAAAAAAUACAUAUAUAUUUGAUAUGCCUUGGGCCGGCUCUGCCAUACAGUCUUAAAAGCCUGGUCUCCCCGAGUUUUAAAACGGGUCUUCGGCACCAUUAGGGGGUUCUGGCCUGACGACCGAAGGGUGCACCCUGGGAAGUAGGGGCACAACAAAUCAGUGAUAUAUUGGGGGGCCUAACCAUGCAGUACCCGGAAAGUCAGAACUAAAAUUUCUAAAUUGAUACAAAAAUUGACCGGUAGCCAAUGAUGUCUGAAUAAGCUUGUGUAUGCAAACGACUUAGCCUAUUUAACAGAGAAUGUGAUUCACCACUAUCACAAGAAAACACAGCGAAAAAGGGGCAUGUAUACACACCAUUUUCAAGUCUAUUUUCUCUCAUUUUUAAUAUCUUUGAAUCAGAAAAAUUCUAAAAAAAAAACAUAAUCAUCUCUGUUUGAUGUUUACUUAGGAGCUCUGCGUCAUGCUUGUUGUCUGUGUUAUAUAUUUGCUCAGUUGUGUUAUCAGACUGUUGGUCUUAUCUCGAAUUGCAGCAGAAGCUAAUUCUCCUUCAUCCUCUUAUUGCAACAGGGUGGAAUCAAUAACUACUAAACCCCCAUUGUUUGAGUGCUGGUGAAACACAGGAAACCUCAUUAAUGACUCUCUUUUUAGGAGAGCAGAGUCUAAUUUAAGAACCACAGGCUCACUAGCGUAGUAAAUCACAUUCCUGCUGCCGCGUUUGUUGUGCCAUUCAUGAGUGUGUGCUCCUGUGCAGCUGCAUUGUGAUGAAUUAAACAUAGAGUGGAGAAUGGGCUGGUUUUCUGUCAUGAUAGGAGAUGACUGGUGUCUCCUUGGACCUCAGUCCUUCAGCGUGGGGGAAAGAUGAAACGUGACGUAAUCAGGAGGCGGGCGCUGACGUUUGAUGUAGGCCGAUUCUACUCGAGCCAAAAGGGGCGGAGCCUCAUUCGUGUAUAACCGAGUGAGAGCACAUUUAGGCUACGUUUAUUCUCGUUUAUUAACCUGACACGCGCGUUUUAUACACAGGCAGAAAAUGAUGGAAGAGCUGAAACCUAGUUUGACAUAACUUUAUCCGUUUCAUGUGUGCGUCGUUAUUUCCAACAGGGUAUUUAUAGGUAGAGUCAUUUAGGUCUUCUAUUCGGCGUGAUUUGUGAGGUCGGUGCCGUUAUAUGAAUGAAUGACUGACAUCAAGCAGAGAGCCUAUCGGAAACGGAGAGAAACGUCAAAUUCCAGCGAGAGACCUGGUAGCAGGAGAGCAGGAGCGGGCAGAAAACCUCUUCUAUUCGGUUAAAAUACUCGCACUACCUGGUCCUUGUGUCGCCAGCAUGCCGAGCAUGCGACAGUCUUACACGGUCACCGUACCCGAGGAGCCGCCGGCCGCCGCUUUCCCGUUCCUGAAGCAGGAGAUGCGGAGGAAAGGCAGCAUGUCCGGCUCCAUGCUGGUGUCUACCUUCGUAGGGCUCCUCAUAAACCAAGCCAAGGUAAGAGGCAGUGCCCGCUUCGUCCGUUAUGUCACCAAACCCCAUCGUGGAAACAGCAAAGUUGAGGUUGAUGGCGCAUUAUCACUUUCUUAUCGAGCUGGUAAACUCUCUGAACUGCUUUGUGAAUCGUCUGUCAUGUACUGUCAAAUCAGUCUUAUGUAAUACCCGAUAAAUAUCUAAGUCUGUGCUCAGUUAUGAAGAGAUUGUUCAUGAGAAUGUAGUAUCCACCAAGGUACCUCGCUUAAACCUUAUUUAUUUAUUUAUUUAUUCAUUUAUUUGGACAGGACAGUACCAGUUCAUGGACAAGGAGAAGAAGACAUGAUACAACAAAUAUGUAUGUCUAUUCUCAUCGUAAACCAGCCGGAGUUAGCUAAGGCUAAUUUCCAUCCGUUGUCCUCAAACAGAAAAGCAACAACAACAGACAACAAUAUCUUAGCAGUGAAUGCUUAUCAACAAUGUGAUCACGGACUGCACAAGAAAUCGCAGGUUUAUAUUUCAACAUCACAAAAUUACUUUACUUACCUGCAGGAUAAAUGUCAGGUUUGCUGGUAAAUGGGCUUUCCAUGGGAAAAUAAGACAUACAUUUUGCUUUGUUGGUGACAAAUAGAGUUGAAGGAACAAAUCACAGAUAGGACCAUUGUUGAUUUUUAAAACUAUAAAUAAGCCCCAUUUAGAUUUUUAUUUUAAUUCUGGGGCUGUCAUGGCUUUUAUUGAUAGAUGGAGGAGCAGUCAACAGGGGAGAGAUGCCACAGGGAGGAAUUGAACCUGGACUGCCUGCCUACAUGGGGCGCACCUAAAUCACUGCGCCUCAAAUACACUCCAUUUAUGCGGUUAAAUUGUCUAGAUUUUCUCAUAUUGUAAUGAAUAUUGUAGGGAGAAAAUGCAUUUUAAUGUUGCAUGCAGUUAAACUUGCCCAUUUGCUGUAUGUACGGUUUCUUGACACAAUCUGACAUGCUAUCUUUCAUGUUCUGUCAGGUUUAUGUCUGCAGAUGAGAGUAAGAGUGAAGUCGAGGUUCAUUGCAGGCAGUAAUGUGAGCUGUAGUCAGUGUAAAGAGGACAGAUGUUUAUGUCACUGACAGAGUUAUGUAUCUUGUUAAAGAUGAUGUCAGUUUCACGUUGAAUUGAGUCAUUUGCAGAGGUAAGCCUCUCUUUUAAGCCGCUGUACUCCGCUGUGCCGGGAUCAGUAGGCCUGCACUGGCAGGUCACUGGUUAUAUAACCACCUUUUAAUCCCCCCUCAUACACUACAGCUGCUCUAACUAUACUGCCCUUUAUGUAUCCCACAACAGGCCUCUAAUGGAAAUAAUCAAAGAACUAACCCAUUCUGGCGGAGCUUUCUUAAUGCCCUGGAACAUCUCGGAAGUGCCUCUGGCCAUUUCCAUAUGGACACAUGUACAGAUAAAUGUAGGUCUGGUUACACAAUGCAGCCAGGUCAGCCUUCAUACUAGGCCGUGACACCCCCAAUUAAAGCUGCUUUUAUACUUUGCGCUUAUUUGGGUAUAAAAACAAAGACUCAGGGUGUAGAGUCAUCUUAUCUGCAAAGUGGAAAAGCAUCCUAAAAAUAAUUAAAAAAAAUAUGACAUAAUUGAGAAAAUUCCCUCUUAUAACAGGUGGAAUAGCAGGAAAAUGAAAGGAGAAACAGAUGUUUAUGGAGAUGUGAUGAUGGAAAAUCCUUUUGUAUUUGUUUGAAGCAAAGUUCUGUGUUGAAUCAUACAUCUGUCCAUCCAUCACACGUCAUUUUUUUAUUUGAGUCUUUAUGAUGACUUUACAAGUGACGUUGAAUGUGAUGAACAAAGAUUUGUGGACACCUCAAACAAGCACAGCAGCCCACUGAUGGUAAAAUGAUUGCUGAAAUUUGUGUCAGCAUGUAGCCCCCAAUACGACAUAAGACUCUCAGUUGUACUCUUUGAUUGACAGGUGUGGUGGUUGUCCACACCUGUAGAUAAAUGGACUUGUUUAUUAUUUUUUAAAGAGAGGUCUAAAGGCCCAUUAGUCCUCUGUUUUUAUCCUAAUGUGAGAAGACAAAGAGAAAUAACUUCUAGCUGCAGAUGUCUGUGUGUGUGUGUUCCUGAGCCACACUGGAGUGUAGCCGCUUUGUGCCAGCUUUCUGUUAUGUAAUGAGAAAUCACAUUAGAAUACACUUGAGUGCUUGCCAGGCCUCACAGCUUGGCAUGCUUUCUGUUUUGUUGUCACCGUCCACCUGCUCCUCUCUCCUCCAUCCUGUCCUUCUUCUUCUCCUUUCACUCUCGCUCAGCCCGCCCUCUGUUUUUGUUCAUCUCUGUGCAUGCACAUGUGGAUUUGUGAAGGAGAGAGGUAUGCAUUCAGGUGUGCUGACGUGAGGGCGUGUGUGUUGUUAUCUGUGGUCAUGGACAUUUUUGCACAGCACAGACAGCUGGAAGUUGUCUCUGCACACUGUAAAGGGUUUAGUCUUUUGGCAAUAUCUAAUUUGUAAUACAUUUAUUCUGUUGUUGAGAAAGUUAUGAUUGAGUAUUUGCUGAUUCCAUGUGCAGCAGAUAGAUGGAUUUCUGAGUUAUUCAUGAAAGUUUUCUCAACUUCUCAACCAAACACUUGAAAAAUUAAUAUAGAAGAAGUUUUCUUUGUUUUUUUAAUCCUCUCUGGUAACUGGACUCUGUUGCAGGGUGGGCAGUAAACUGGUUUCAGUACCCUUUCUGGUGUCACAUUUUGCCACAACAUGAUUUGUGCAGUUAAUUAUUCAAUUGUCAUGGUCAACCCCAUUUUAUAACUCAAUUUUUAACACUCAAACCUAAAACUUUUUUUCUCUGUUCAUACAUUUCUAAUUAUUUAGCCUCUUUGUCUUUUCCCAUCUCUUUGUGGUGGUAGAGUGGUGUUACCUCUUAAUAUUUUAUGUGUACUUGACAGCCCUCCUUAUGCUUUAACUAUCUUCAUUAUGAUAAAAUAUCCAUAACAACACCAGCUGGCACUUUACAGUUCAGUUACUGAUAAAGUAAAAAACAAAGUGGAUGUAACAGAAAUACUUGACAUUCCUGAGGGUAUUUGCGUCUCAGAGACGCGGCGUGUGUUAGUUUCUUGUGCAACACCAGCUCUUUUUUUUUUUUUUUGGUUCUUCUCUUUUAGAUCUUUAAAUUUUUGAUGACAUUUUUAUGUUCAAAUUUUGCAAGUCUAGCUCUGGUACUCUUUUAUCACUCUGUAUCAGCUGCUUUACAAACUCAGGUAUCUAGAUCAGUUUAGUGAGAGAAAAAGAAACCUAAAAAAUCUGUCUUUGCAACUAAGCUCUUGUUCAAAAUGCAGUAUUUCAAAAUAACAAGCCAUUAUACUCAGAUCAUCAAAACAUUGUCAGCAUACGCCUGAUCGAGCCACACUUCUUCAGCAGGAGUAACUGUAUUGUAAUUUCUUACAUGAAGAUAAAACAUUUUUAUGUUAACCAAUCAAAUCAGAGUGGAGGCACAUGUGGAUUUUUCUGUUUUCGGACCAUGGUGAGGUCCUCCAGCAGCGCAGCAUGUUGUGAGAGGGCCCAGAGUUCAGUGUAAUGUAAAUACAAGCCUGUAAGCUCAAAGUUAACUUUUCCACCACUGACUGAGAGUUUCCUGGUAGAGAAAAACACCAGUGCAGGUGUGUGAAGGUGCACUUACAUAAGACGCUUAAGCAUUUCUUUGACCUCACAUUCUCUCCAUCUGUUAGCGAUACAGUGUCGGGCUUUAGUGCGAUAACCCGCUGAGUGAAAAGUGUCUUCUCACAGCCUCAGAUCUAAUGGGAAGCAGAGUUCAUUGAAUCAGAGGUUGUGUUUAUUUGAAUUCCUCUGAAAGACAGCCAUUCCUCUCAGCAAGAGGAUCUCACUCUGUUUGUGUUUGCAUAGAAGUGUGUGUGCAGGUGUGUGUGUGCAGGUGUGUGUGUGAGCAUGAGCUGUGCUUCUAUGUUACCGAGCACUGUGGUGUCGCAGGGUUUUCAUGACAAUACAGCAUCUUUUCAGCCUCCAUGUAUGAAAAAAAGCAGCAAUAAGAAUUAUUGUGUUGUGAGGAGGGAUGGACGAUAUGAGCUAAAAAAAAUUUAGCACUAAAAGAUUUGCCACUCUGCCAAUAACGAUAAAAUUCCUAAUAAAAAUAAUAUAAUUCCAAUCUGUAUUUUUAACUAAUUUUGUCUUAAGCACACCAGUUGGAAUAUUUAAAUAAGAUACUUAACCACAAUUUUGAGUGGUAGGUUUUGGAGAAAACUAAUGACACAAACAAGUCUCAAAUGUGAAAACAUUUUCAACAUUUGUUAAAAACCCUUAUUACACAGAGUGAACAGCAGCAGCAGAUCCACUGUCUGAUGUCAGGCAGACCUUAUUGCAAUAAUCUAAACCCCAUGCUUGAAGGAAAUCCUUCAUGUGGAGCCUCGCUCAGUAACAAGCUGCUCAGAAACAUCUUCUUCAUUACCUUCAGCCAUGUUUGUUUUUUAUUCUGCUCUGUGUGGGCUUUGGCUGCGGGUCCGCUGCUCACGCUUAUGUCAUCAACUUGCAUUUAUCGAAACUUAUCAUGAGAUGGCAAAUAUUUAUCAUGGAGGAUUUUUCUGAUGAUAUAUUGUGAACUUCAAUUUAUCGCCCAUCCCUAGUUUUGAGUAGGUAAUAGUGAAAAUUGGAAUCCUAAACUUGAUGAAUUAGUCUGCAGUUGCCUGGAUUGCAGGUCAGAAUGUUGCUCCACCUUUCUAAGAUAGUUGUGGUCACCAUCUCUCCACUCUCAAGAUCAGCCUGAGACAGAAAUGAGUGAUUUUGCAACAGUGUCUCUUUUUUUGCAGAUGAAUUUGAUAUGGUCUGUGUGUGUGUGAUCAAGUUGUCCCUGCAGGGUUUUGAUGUUGAUCUGCUGUUAAACAUGUUUGACUAUUGUUGUGCAGACAUGGUCCAUGGUCAUAAAAACCUCGGAGGACUGGCAGCAGAGCUCAGGACAGAGUAACAUGUUGUGAUUUCUGAUGACACACUCACUGGUGGGAUGCAACUGAUUGAGUUACUUUCUCCAAGUCAGCAGUGACAUCUUUGAUUUUUCUCUCUUUGUGAGGCAGUUAUUGAGAUAACAAUGGCAUUGCAACAUAUUGCAUCUACAUCUUUACACAAAUGCUAAGCAUCUGACAGUGUCAACAGGCAGAGAGGAAAACAGCCAGACUCUUCUCUGCAGAUCGAUUUAAAAUGACGUGUGUGAUGAAGUUUUGCCUGGAGUUGCCUUUGCUCUUGAAAAUUAGCUGUAGUCUUUAUGGAUUUUGAACCAAUCAGAAUAAGUAUUUGACACAGCAAGGUAAAACUGUUGCAGUAACAGUAUUUGCCAUCCUGAAAACAUUAAAAUCAGCUCCUGUAUCAAUACACACAUGCUACACAUCUGGCUCUAGAUACAGAAAUUACACAGGUGAUAGAGCAGAGUUCAAUUCAAAGAAACUGUGUAGUUCUUAGUGUUGUUUAGCGGGACAAGCUUGACAGGAAUGAAAUAAGAUAUCCACAGAUUUACCCAACUUCUCUUUAAUAAACCUAGCAUAAAUAAUUUGGCUUUUGCUGAUUUAAAUAGAUUUCUUUUAUAUCUGCUUGAAUAGUUUCAUAAACGCUGCCGUCGUGGGAUAAAAAGAUUCAAAACAAAUGUUAUUUAAAAGAGAAGGCACUGACAAAGUUUUUCUUGAAAUACUUGGAGCAUAAUUUGCGAUUAAAGAAAGUAAUCAAUCAAAAAAAUCACUGGAGAGCAACACAAAUGUUUUGAAAUACAAUAAGAUAUUGUAUUUUGAUCGAACAUCCUGAUAAUUUUGCAUUUUUGCCCUAAAAAAACAAGCUCUAAUAACUGAUUUGAUCCCUCACUGCUCUCUUUGAAACAAUACAUGCGUCGUCUCUGUUUCCAUAUCAUGUCUCAACACUCUUUGUGUGUCUAUGUGCGCGUACACACACACCCACAGGUGUCACUGCGGUUCUCAUGGGACAAUCUCAGAGGCAGAAGAGGUAACUCAUACAGGGAGAGAGGGAGAGAUGUUGUUUAUUGUGGUCUGCCAAGUCGAGAGACAGGUCAGAACAGACUGUUCUCUCUUUGCUUCUAUCGGGCUGCUGUGCCAGCCAAUCAGCAGUUGGCGUUCUGCUCUGCCAGGUGGACCCGGGCAUCCUGCUGCUAAUGUUGCGGGUGUGAAGUUAAGUUUACAGCCCCAGAGACAGCAGCAGCAGGGAGGGGGAGACUUGUUAUUGCUUUGGAGUUGGAGGCACGUCAUUACAGCAGUGCCAGUUCUCUAUUAAAUAUUAGUCAUCCAGCUUUUCACUUCCCACAGGUGGGCAUGAAUAUUGGGUUUUGAUAUUACUAUGUCUGCUUUAUCAGAGAGUCCAAGUGUGACCAUGGUGUAAAAGCUACAGAAGUCCUCAGUAAACAUGCACCCAAAGAUGUACAUGGUAGUUUAUUUCUGGUUCUUUAGUUUUUGUUGUUUGAUCUUGUUUUUCUUUAUAUGAUUAAUCUUUCCAAUUGUCUUGAGAAAAGAACUCAAGUAACUCAUCUCAGGAAAACAGGGUAAACAAAAAUCUUCCACCGCCUCUACAGAUUACAUUUUUGACCUGUUCUUGGAAAAAAAACUUACAAGUCAUCUAAUGAGAAAAUGAGGAAGCUCUAAAAUGAAAAGAAACUUGAUUGACUCCAUUAAAAUACCUGGAUUUAUAUCAUCAGGUUGCUGGAGGUAAACUAUUCCACAUUUCCUGACAUAAUGCAAGCAACAGUCAGAAAAACCUGUUGCACCCCGUCCAGCUUGACAAUUUAUGUCAGCAGGACAAAUAAAGGAGCGCAGACAUCCUAAUCCAACAGAAGCAGAUGCUUGGGGCUGGCUGCAGAAGCAACAGAAACCACAUACACACCCAUUAGAAAAAGCAGAUCCGUACAGCAAAAAUAAACGUGUUUACAGCCUGGUUUAACACAAGACUGUGGUCUGAAUAACACUCACUGAACAAGGAGUGGAUGUUUGCUUUGAAUGGGUCCAGCUAGCUUUACUGACAGGAACUGUGACCUUCAUCUAUCUAUACAGUCUGUGGUCUUAACUCUUUAAAUGAUCAUAAUUAUAGUUGUUAAUUGACACCCCCAACAAGUAUCUCAGGCUGUCCAAGCUCAGAAAACCUGAAUUAAACAUCAGUAUAGUUUGUCUUUGGCGCUUUGUUUGUUUUAUCACAAAGUCAAUCCUUUAAACCAGAGCCAUAAAAAAAGAAAGCUCUUUUCCUAUAGCCUUCUCACCUUUCUCCCUUCUCCUUUCCCUCCACCUUUCAUCCUCCGCCCCUCUGUUUGAGUUAAAUGAGCUCACUGGAUGGACAGAUUUCCUCCCCCUGCCAAACUGGGCACAAGCCAAAAGGACAUUUCCGCUGUCUCUUAUCCCCCUGCUCAGGGAAGCAGUUCGACCUGUCCUCUGGAAUGCUUUUUAAUGUGGCUCCUCGGCCUCAGCAGGGAGCAGAGUUUCAAAAGUCGCCCGAGCUAAUCUGACAUUUCUGAACAGAGCGUUUAUGCAGAGCGAGCCCCCUGAGCCGAGUCUUCUAUGUCCAGUACCAAUCAGUCUGCUCACAGGGAGCGAGUGGGAAUAUGAGCAGAGGAUGUUUGUUUUCUCCUGUGAUGAUGUUGGUUUGAUUUAUCCUUCUCUUUAUUCCUCUCAUCCUUUCAUAACAAAAGUCCUCUGCUAGAACACCAUGAUCGCUCUCUCUGGUGCAGUUACAUUCAUUCACAACUGCAAUUGAAGAUUAUGCAGAUGAGCUGACAAAUAACUCUGUUAUGUAAGCAAGAAAGCCGGUAAAUUAUCAUAUUGUCAAAGUUUGACAAAGUGUCGGUUCAUGAGUGAUCCAUGAAGUCUCUCCUCAUUUGCUCAGAGUGAACUUUUUUCCCCCCAUAUUUAAUGUCAGUUUUUCCUCUACUCUGAGCUUUGACUGUAAAAGAAUGAAGAAUUUUUGUUGCUGUUUGAAAGAGAUUCAAUUUGACAUAAAUAAACUGAAGGUGCAAUUAGACUUUUCAACUGGAGUAAUAGUGAGGAACAGGCUUCCUAGGAGCUUGUAACGGGUGGAUGCAGGAUUUAAUGAGUUCAUUUACAAUUAAGCAACACUCCUCGUGCAUGAUUUAUGCUAUCCUUAUGCAUGCAAUGAAGCUGCUUUACACCCUUUUACACUCACCAGCACAACCCUUAUUUCCUUUCUUUAUUCUGUCAGUAAAUCCUGUUACAGGAAGGUAAAAACUGUCAGACUGCUUCGCCUGUCAUCUUAGAUAUUCUGUUUACAUUAGAGACUACAGAGAAUACACCCCCUUCUAUGCACCUGACAGGGAAAAAAAUCACCCUGUGAGUAACAAUGUGGGGAAAACCUGACCUGAGAAUUUUAAGCAUAUGAGAAGUGGUCAGUUCUAUCAUGGAAGUUAUGAUGGCAAAUAUUCGUCAACAACCUUUUUUUGUGUCAAAGACAGGAUGAUAACAAGCUUAAAAAUACAUGGAUGAUAAAAACAGGAAAAUAUGCUGUUUUCAUUCAUGGGAUGAGACAGGACAUUCAAAAUCCUUGUAAAUAAUAGGUUAGACCAUAGACUGUAUAUAGAAUAGAAGCCGUCUGCCUCCUUGCUGGGUGAAGCCACCCCAAGAACAGCACCCUCAGGUGACGGGCUGCAGUAUAGGUCAUAAAUCCUGCCUCCUCCAGCAAUCCUUAUGGGGCUGUGGACAAAGUUUAUAAAUUAAUUACACAGAACAUAUUUUUUUUUCCCCUCUGGUUGUGAUGUUGACAUGUAGUUACUGUAAGACUGGUUUGUGCUCAAGUCCUCUUUUUUCUGUGCAGCUCCAUUUUUAAAAGUUAUUAGGAGGUUCAUGUUUUCUAUGAUUGACACUUGAUACAGCCUACGGGCGUACGAAGAUUGCAUAGGUCACCUGGUUUGAGCCGAGUGUCAUCACAGCGACUCUCAGCAAGUCUUCCACCAAAUGCGUACAGUGCUAGUGCGCAAUGUUGGUUUCAGAAAGUGGAGGAAAACCACGGAAACACAGAGAGCUUUUUGGCUUCAAAUCUGUAUACUGGCGGAGGGUGGAACCAAGUUGUCCGUAGUAUAUACAGUCUGUGGGUUGGCUUAAAGGGCAAAAAGAUUGAAAUGUAACCAAAACAAAUUUCUGUCUCUGGACUAAAUCUAAAAAUAGCUGCCAAAAGGAGCAUGGUGUGAAAAGACCUGAAGUGGGAGAGUUACCAGUCCAAGAUGACUUUUCUUUCUUUGUCAGUCUCCUCAAGCUUAGCACUGCUCAGUCAGCUCCAUGUGCAGUCAGUGCUGGACGCCAGUAUUUCAGUAUUUUUAACCUUUUAGUCUUACGUAAUAUCUGUACUCCUAUUGAUGUGCCUGAUCGUGAAUCUCUUUGUUUGUAUCUUUCAUGCUCUAGUGUUUGUGCAUGUAGAGACCACUUGAUCCCUUUAAAGGGUCACCAGUUUUGCAGUUGCUGUGUUUGUUUAUAUGUUGAAUCGUGUUGCACUGAGCUUUUCUAUUGGCUCUAUCAGGAACAUUUACCUUCAAGAACAAUGGAGCUUAUUUAGGAAGUCAGCAGAGUACUUCUUAUCUAUGACAGUAUCAACACCUCAGCCAUCAUUAUUAGGUAUGACUGACUUUGUCUUUCAAACAUAGGUCGUAUAGAUUCCAGGGAUGUGACAUAUUUGAAGAUCACAGGAAAGUUCAACACAAGAAGCAACAAUGGAUACAGUUGUGGGGUCAUCUCUCUUGCAGCGUCUCAAGGGUUUAAACCUCCAAAGCUUUUCGACAAAGCUUUCAUAUCCCUCUGUAACAUUAAAGAUUCAUGACUUACUAAGCUAUAAACAAACUUGACAUGCAGAAAACAUGUUUUAAUUAAUUAUUCAUCAAGACACAGGAGAAAUUGUGCAUAUAAAACCUCUGCUAAGACAGAAACAGAACAAAGACUUUCAAAAGCAACACAACAAACUCUGAAAAGACCUUUUAGCAGCCGUGUUUGGAUGGGCCUUUUUUAGAGCACACUCAAUUUUUCACUGUGAUGAAAAUAUAUUAUUGAAUACAAUUACCGUAGACUUUAAUCCCACUGCUCCCUCUGUGCUGGUUUCAAAUGCUUUCAUAGCCGAAGCAGCAGAAUUUGCAUGACAGUAUCAGCUGUCAUUACAGUCAUGCUGGAGGCUGGGAUCAGAGCGUGAGUCUGUAAUUUGGUUCAUUGUCACACGCACACACACAUGAAAAGAUCCUGUUUGACACACUGCCUUUAAAAAUGAAGCUUUAAUGACUUGGAUCAUAUAAUUACAUUUUACAGUAUGUCUGUCUGUCAAACAGAGGAAGGUGCUGUGGAUUUUUAUCAAAGACAUAUUAUUAAGAAAGCAAGUGUACGAAUAAUCUUGUUUCUUUAAUUUAAAUGCCUUUACUUCAAACAGACACAGUGUUUAUAUUCCUCAGCUGUACUUUUUUAUGUGAAUUAAAGUUUUAUAAAAAUUUAAGAAAAUUGAUAUGGCAUAGUUUUUAAACUUUUGUGGAACUGUUGCAUCUUUACACUUACAUUAAACAGUGAAAUACUUCAAGGGUGCACUCAUGUAGCCUUAGAUAAGUGUAGCCACACAAACUUCAUCUGGAGCACAAAGCCUGUAAUACAUACACGGUCCACUUUGUCUGGUGUGUGCAGUAUUAACUGUAUAUCACACCGUUGAUCAGUGUUUCUGCUCUAUGCUCUGCUAUGAUGUUGCAUGUGAGCUGUUUUGAAUAGAAGAAUUUGCAUGUAAAAACAAAUGCAACAAAUGUAAUCAAGACACAAAUACUGUCAGCCUCUGUUUGUUCAUAGUAUUACCGUUCUUGAUUUUAAAAAUUCAUUAUUUAGCCUUAUUUUUAAAAAUAAUUUCCAUCUUAAGUUUGUCUGAUUAUCAACUCAAAACAUGUUUAUAAUUCCAUCCCAUGACCACUCGAGUCUGGUGAUUCAAUCCUCUUGUUGGGUCUCCAAACUCUUCCUCUAUCCCCAUAAGCGGUUGAUUUCAGUUCGGCACCAAACAUUUUAGGCUUUAACUUAUGAAAGUUUGCACAGUUCAUACGUUAAAGCCUAAAAGUAUCUGGACUUUUUCCUGCUAAGCUUGGGCAAAGUUUCUUUUGAAAUCAGGAUGAACUGCUGCAGGUAAAAGUCAGAAAAGUUUGCUCAUAGUAAGUGCAAGUGCAGAUGUUCAUAUUAAGAAGGCUGCUUCUCUGCCCAGUUUUGCCUCACUUGUCUCUCUUAUGUGUUUUAACAGUUUCCAUCAUAGUUUAUAUCAUGGAAACAUCCUUACACAUGUUGUAGCGAAGUUAUCACGGAAACAAUCACCAUCAUGAAAAACUCCUUCUCUCCUGCCUGAACCACUCAGCUGCACUCCCUUACUUAAACAAAGCAGUAUUUAUUUAUGUCCUCUUUAAGUAUUUUAAAGGCAAAUGAUAGGGAAAAUCUCCUGGGGUACAUGUGUGUGAAAUAGCAUGUUUUUGAGUAAAAAAAAUCAGAGCUUUACUGUCCUGAAAUUAUUCUAAAGAAGCACUGUACAAUAAAACAGGAAAAAGGAAGAGAGAGAGAGAGAGAGAGAGAGGUGACAUGGGAAAAGAGGAAAGAACCAGGGCCAUCCACUUGAGACAUAAACCUUUGAAUAUAGAUUUGACAACAGUAAAGGUUGAACCCCUUUUUACUUGAUUUUAUAUUUAAGUCUUAGGAUGAGGUUCUGAUCACUUCUGCUUAACAACCAUCACACAGUGUAAGAUAUCAUUUGGAUAAAAAUAAAGUCAGCUUCAGCCUGUUGAAGAGCUGCUGACUCACCAGAAGUCAAGUCAUCACAGUUUGAGUGUCUCCUCAACACAAGAGUCAAACUUGAUUCAAAACCAAAGAAAUGUUGUAGAUUUGAGUACAGUCGUCUGUUUUCAGCUUCACUCUAAGUCACAUCUGAUCCUUACACUGAGUCACACGUUCUCAGCCCUGUUACCGCCAUGUCACCAUGUCCUCCAGCUUUCCCCAUUCUGCGAAAAAAUAAGAAUAGGGUUGCUAUAGAGACAGAGCCGGAACGUUGUUUGUCGUCGGGGUGACGUUUGCCAAGAGGGGCCGAGGGCUCAGCCAAUCACAGGCGUUAUUAAAGGCAAAGCUGCUAUUUUCGGUACCAGCCGUGGCAUUACUCAGCAGAGUGCAGCAAAGUCAGACAUACACAUUCCAGCAGUGUGUCUGUGUGUGUGUCUUUGUGUGUGCUUGUGUAGAGAUAACAUUUAAGGUGACUGGUAAGGAUUUUUCCUGCAUCCUGUCAUACUGCAGACAUCGUCACUGUGGUACUCAAGCUGCAUACACAACGGGGAGUGUGUGCGUAUGUAUGUGUGUGUGCGUUUAUGUCAAAUGGCUGUGGCUGAUCAAGUGCUUCAUUCACAGUGAAAUUCACAGAAAGGAGGAUUUAGAUAAGCUGGAGUUAAUUAAACUGUAGAUUUUUCCCCUCUGAACACAAGCCAGAUAGCAGAGGUUAUUUAUGUAACAGCUUUUGCUGUUUCAGCACCACAGCACCGCUGAUGAACAUGCAAACUAGGCUGGCAAGAUGUGAUAAAACAAGUCUAUAGAGUGUAUUUACAUUGUUCAGUGUUGAAAUAAUCAAGUUCAAUAUAUUCACAAAUAUUUAAGAGUGCAUGGAGUUAUAACUCUUACUCUCUCUGUUUAUCUGCUGUCUUAUGUUAACCUUAACAUCAAAAUGAACCAAAAAGGGUCUUGGAACAGAGGACAGGGUUUAGCUUUUCAAGUAUUACACAAAGAAAAAGGCAUUUGUAAGUCUCUAACUGGUUUUAAAAUAUAUUUUAUUCAUUUUCUAUUUGUUAAAACUUUCACACCAGGUUUAGACAUUUACAGAGGGCAUCUGUUACUCAGAGGAAACUAGUUAACCUUUACCGUUACACGCAAAUACCUGUAAUUCAGAUCUCAUUAGCCAACACGUCUGUGAAUAAACUUGGAUUUUGUCACGUUUUCAGCGCUGAAAGGUUUCUGUUUAUCCACAGGUGAGGGUAACAAAGGGGGUUAUGUGGGUGAGUUAGAUUUCAGCCACCACUGAGAUCAGGUGAUAGGCUAAGUUGCUCUCCACCUCGAAUAUAUAUAAGCUCAGGUUACCGUGCUGUUAGUUUGUCUACUUAGCCAACAAAUACCAUAUUGAUUAGAGAGACAUCCUCACUUAUAAGACAGCAUCCCUCUUGGUUUGCCUCACUGUAGUUGUCAGCUGGCUGUGCUCCUCAGAGGAGGGCAGGAGUGUAUUUCUUAUCCGCCCCCAUCUUCUUUGUUAACUCUUCCUCCUCUCAGCUCCUCAGUUACAUAACUGCUCAACUUAUGUAAUAAAAUUUAACCGCAGCAGCUGAUGACAUAAGUUCUGUAAAGCAUUUGUAUCAUUAUAAGAUUUGGAAAUCACAUUAAUAUGCUCAGCCAUCUGUUGUGUUGCACUCGGAUUAAAGUGUCUGUUUGGUGGUUUGUUGCCCUGAGAACUCUCAGAGUUCAAAGCCGCAGCGCAGAAACUCCUGAAGGUGCUGCGAUUCUGUGUUAUCUACUGUUGAUGAUCAGUUCUCUGCCAUUUGGGAGUGAUUACCAAAAGGAGAAAAGGCUGUGUGAGAUAACAAAAACAAGUUCUUCUGUGGAGAUGCUCACCAUGAAAAUAAACCUCCUGUCUGUUAUUUUAAGAUUUACGCACACACUCCGGUGCUCUUCAACCUCAAGUCUGAGUCCAUGUUGACUGUGUUACAAUAAAUCAUGCUGAUAGACGGUCCUGUAUUUUUCAGUGGAAGUUAAAGGAGAAACCCUAAGUGGACAUGCAUCUAUGAAUUUGAUGUGAUAACGAGUUAAUGAGUUGUUUUCUCAAGAUCUCGACUCAACAAAAAUGACCAGAGUGAUUAUAGCGUGUCUCCAGAUUUGCAAAAGCUCAAUGCAAACUUAUAAUAGGCCUAACUUACUUAACUAUUGCAGGCAGAGGCAGCAUUGCAUGUGAAAGUCUAGUCUCUCAUACUAACCAGCUUUUAUUUUGUGUUCCAGAUCAUCAGAAAUUAUCUUGACAGCAAGAGUAAACUGGCAUUGCUAUAAGAGAUAAAUAGUUUGAAAUCUCCUGAUUACGACCAGAAACAAACUUGCUACCAAUAGAAAACAGAGAGAAUAAAUAGUGAGUUGUGUUUCAUAGAGAGCGCUGCUCUGAUGGCUAUUAUUGUGUCAUUCAUUGCAGUUCUGUGGUCAUGUCUGGAGUCAUGUUGACAUUAUUUUAAAUGCAUGGACCAGGCGCUCUGAUGCAGACUACAAAUGCAUUAUUAAGUACAUUAUGUACACAGAGUAUGAAAAUACAAGACUUUCCUGUGAGUUCUAAGGCUGUAUAUAAACUAAUAGUAUGGCCAGUUUCAAAGUGAAACAGGUGAUAAAACUACAACUGCAUGUUUUUAGCAUGUUGUGUUCCUCACAUACAUCUUUUUUUCUUAUUGUAAACCUCACAUGACUCCCAAAUGUGCUUUCAAAUGCGUCCUCAUACUCAGGCUGUUAAAAUAAAUUAGUUUCAUAUCAUUUAAGCUUGGUUUUUAUAUUUUUAAAGGAGGAUUUUAGACAUAUUUAUGUUUGUGUUUUUCUGUGUUAUUUUGCUGUGAGCCAGGAAAACAACGGUACAUUCUCUGUCACCUCUGAAUUUUUGUUAUCACCAAGAAAAAGAUGAAAACAGUGAACAUUUGAAUCUUAAUCUGAUUUCAUUUUUAUCUUUCAGAAUUCAAAGAGUGCUCAAGGCCUGGUGGGACUAAAGAACCUUGGAAACACUGUAAGUAUAACCUGUAUGUUUCUUUGUUUUUAUUUUUGGGUUUACACUGACAGGAGUUUGUUGAGUUCACACAAAAUCUAUCUACCAGGUAACAGGCAGGAGAGCAGCUCUUAAAAUAAGUGUGUGUUGAUGUUAGUGAGCACACAGUAACCUAAUCAGCGAGCCCUGAACUAUGGACCAGGGCAAACUCACUCUCUCUCUGAGACUGGUUUGAUCUUACCAGAUUGCACGUGUCUCAUGUUGACACGUGAAUGGUGCUGAGUAUACACAGCACUGUCUCUGACAACAUGCCUCCAUGUGUGCGAUACCUCACCAUUAUCAAUAUUUACGCAGCGGCUCUUACUCUUUCUUUUGAGAGGUGUUAAGAAUUCAGAACAACAAUUUUUGAUCCAGAAAACAUAUUUUUUUCACUUCAGAAUUCUGUCGUUAUGUUGUCAAGAAAAAUCUCUGGUUUAAAGACCCACUCCGAUGAAAAUCAUGUUAUCCCAGUUUUUUAACAUGUUUAUGUGGCAUUUUUCCGAUGCUACAGGACAUAUCAUGAGAAAAAUAAGCGUGAAAUUGCAUUUCUUAGUAUUUCUGCAUUCAAAUCACUGUGAACCUCUGGCAAACCCAAACGGCAGAUUUAGAUACAGUGAGAUUUCCUAUGUCAUAAAUCCAAGCUCCGCCCCCAGAGCCCCCCUAUGCAGGCCAGACCCCUGAGAAAUAGAGAGGACGAUCGUGGAUCAAGCGUCUACGUUAGCUGAUUGCAGUACUCUAAGAAAGCUAAUUAUGAUAUAUCAGAUUUCAUCAUGUCCCCAAAGACAUUAGUGUCCGAGAGCUGAAUAGCUCCUAUGUUACCUGCCACUUCUACUACCACACCAGCAAAGUUAGGUUGCAAGCUAGUGUGAAAAUAAGUGUGCAGAGCAGCACUGUCUCUGCCCACGACUCAGAGGUGAAUUGCUAAUAAGAUACUGGAGCUCUGCAGAAAAAAAGCCCUUGAAAAAGACACAGGUAAAAUGAUUUUGGCUAAAAACUUCAUAAUCACAAUUUAAAGACCACUGAGAACACUUUCAGUAGUAAAAAAAAGAUUCAGAGUGGGACUUUAAGAAGCAGACCAGAAAUUUAAGCCCAACAGAAAAACAAUACCUCUUAUCUUUGUGUGCGUCAGAAAACUUUGAAACACUAAGGCAGGGUAAUUGUUUUCAAAGAGAGACAUAACACAUUGUGACAUUGUGCUUAGUUCAACUCAAGGGAUUGCUUGUGCUGGAUAAAGAAACAUUGUGAUUCACAAACCCUUUAAAAAAAACAGAGAAUAUUGUUUUCUAAACUUUUGUUUUGGAACAAGAAAAACUGAUAAGAUGUUCUGAAAUAUUGCAAGUAUUGAUGCCAAGCUAUGCUCCUAAGGUUCAAGUCUAUCUUUGGUGUUAUGUACAGAUUAAACAGGGUGUCUAGUCCUGAUAAAUCAGGGUUAGUAUAUCCAGUCUAAAUGCAAAGCUAAGCUGCCUCACUGCAAUCUACAAACUCAGCUUCUUCCAGUCUUGCAUUUUAUGAUUAGAUUGAUGAAUCCAUAGACUGUCUAUUUUAAGUUUCCAGGCUGCUCAUAAUGAAAGUUUGAUUCCUUUGAUAAAACACAGGUGAAGUCUUUCUCCUAGUUCUGAUUGUUUAUGCUGAGCUAAAUUUGCUGACUGGGCUCUACGGGAUUCUGUAAUCUGUGUUUCUAUUUUUAGCACUGAUGCUAAGCUAUGCUAACGGAACACACGCUUUUAACCAAAGAUAAAACAAAUAAACCAAGAAAUGUUGAUUUUUUUUGUGUUGUAAUUGUGCAGAUAAGUUGAUUUUGUUUCGUUGUGAAGAGCUCGGUAUUUUUUUUCUUUUGCUUCUCGGCUUACCGGCUCUUGCCUCCAACCUCAGCUUGUCAUAUUUUAAUUUCUCUCCCUUGGCUUAUACAGACACAUGUGCACAGUAAUAGUUUGAGAGCUUAAGAGUUGGCAGACGUGGGAUUUUGUUAGUUUUCAGUGAAAAGACAAGAGUGUUGUUUCUGUCUUCUCAGUAAACCACACCUUUAAAGUUAUCAAGGCUGUGUUUAGAACCUUCAUCUAUCCCUUUAAUUACAUGGGGAGGAUUAACAUUAAGAGCAAAGAGGACAAACAUUUCCAACAGUGGUGGAUUAUUUCAUCUUUAAAUAAGUGUUUUUCUGUUACACCAUAGGAAGAAGACUGAACAGCUGAUAGAUUUGAGGCUAAACUUGACGUUGUCACACUGUCAUUGAUCUGUUUCUGAUGUUUCUCUCUCCCCUUACAGUGUUUCAUGAACAGUAUCCUGCAGUGUCUCAGCAACACACAAAGCCUGCGAGACUACUGCCUGCACAACUCGCACCGCAGAGACCUUAACAACAACAGCCGCACCAACACAGCCCUCAUGCAAGGUGAGAGACGUGGCGUUCAGGCCCUCUGGAGUCUAAAACACACACUGCAACACACUCAGUCCCUCUCCUCUGGAUCUAACUGCACCUCAGGGAGUUGGUGUGGGAGACUGUUGGGACUCGAAAAGAGGUUUUCUGUCUUUAACUUGAGAGCGUACAAAAUCUGCCUUUGAUGCACACUUGUCUAUCAGAUCCAGCAUUAGCUUGUUUUCUUUGGUCUGCAGCUAACGUCUGGGGCAGCAUAACAAGGGAGAGGAAAACUUGUUUACAAAAAUAUUAUGUCAUUUCACAUUUUGUACCACCACAGGCUGUUGCCUCUGAUUUUCCAGUGUGUGAGUAAUUUGGUUAUUUGUGUCGUGUCAGAAUUUGCCAAGCUGAUUCAGACCAUGUGGACGUCGUCCAGCAGCGAGGCGGUCAGCCCGUCUGAAUUCAGAACUCAGGUCCAGAGAUAUGCACCCAGAUUCGUCAGAUACAGGUAGGCUCUGUUUCUCUCUUUCACUCAGAUGUUUAUCAUCUUGACGUGGAUUUUUAUGAACACUGUGUCAGCUCAUAUUUACAUGACUGUGAGAGAAGUAGUCUAAAACAAUCAAACAUUGGUUAAUACUUCUGUUUUCAUGUCCUGCAGCCAACAGGACGCUCAGGAGUUCCUGCGCUUCCUCCUGGAUGGUCUUCAUAAUGAGGUCAACAGGGUUACCGUCAGGCCGAGGGGCACAAUGGAGGACUUUGACCACCUGCCGUAAGUGACCUACUAUACAGACACAGUGUGUGUGUGUGUGUAUAUAUGUGUUUGUGUUUAUGUGUGCCUGUACUAACACCUUUCUGUAAUGUAAACUAUGAUAUACAGUAUAUGUACUGUUUAACUAAAGCAAGUUGUCUGCCAGUAAAAAAGGACAGAAUUUAACUUCCAGGAUUUUUCAAAGAAAUAAGUCUUUUCAGAGAACACACACAGAUGUUUAAAUAGGGUGCAGCAAAAAUUAGGAACAGCUCAGAUUGUGGCCGCCAAGUUGAACUCUCUGUCAACUGAGGUUAUUUCUGACUCAUUUUCUGAGCUACAUCACUGAUGUUGACGUUGAAAAGCAGAACCACAAACUGAUUCCCAAAAUAACAACUUCAGCUUCCUCCUGUAGGACGGUGUUAAACUUUAUUUAACACUCAGUCAAACCAGAACAGUGUGAGCACCAUGGACUGUAUGAAAAACCUGUAUGUAUGUAUGUGAAGCGAUGUCAGUCAUUGGUUUCAAAUGACGGAUUGUGGAACAAAAUGACUGUGGUCAUCAUUUUAGAAAUGCUUACUCAACCUGACCCAGAAACAGACAAAGAGGCGGAGUUUAGGUGGUUUAAUUUUCAGUUUAAUAGCUACAAAAUUAAAAUUUGUUUAUGGAAGAAGAAAUGAGCUUUCCAGACCAUUCAGGGAUUUGAAACUGCUGACUGUUGUCGUCAGUUUGUCCUCGUCUGUCUUGUCUGUCUGAUGUCCUAACAGUCUAAAGUCUCACAGGUUCUCCACAUUCAGGGAUGAAGAGAAAGGGAGGAAGAUGUGGAGCAAAUAUCUGGAGAGAGAAGACAGCAAGAUAGUGGGUAAGUGAUCACACGUCAGGAUCAAAGUUAAUGUAUUUUCAAGAACCUGAUACUCUUUACCUAAGGAAUACAAUUUGCCUGAGAUCAAUGGAGCGGUCUUUAAAUGUGAUAUUUUUAUCAGCCUUGUGUCUAGACUCUUUGUGGUGAGGUGGGUGAAACCCAGACACUCUAAUUCAAUAAAAGUCUAAAUAAAAAACUGAAUAAUUCUUCCUCUUUUCUCUUGUGCCGUUAUGAUUAUAUUAGACCUGUUUGUGGGGCAGCUGAAGAGCUCUCUGACCUGCAGGCACUGUGGUUUCUGCUCUACUGUCUUCGACCCGUUCUGGGAUCUGUCUCUACCUAUCGCCAAGGUAAGAAAACUCACACACACGCACACACACACUCACACAGAUAAACAUACACAUGCGGAUGAGAGAUCCUCACAUAGCCACUCACAGACGGACAGGUGGUUCAGAGGUGACUCUCCUUGUCUGUUCAUUUACUGUCGAUAAGGUUGGGCUGAAAUGUUGCCGUGUUUAUAUCCUGCUGUGUGUGUUUUGUGUGUCGUUGCUUGCGUAUUGCUCAUAUGGAUACAUCUCUUGUUUGUGUGCAGACGGGUUACUGUGAGGUGAGUCUGAUGGACUGCAUGCGGCUCUUCACCAAAGAAGACAUCCUGGACGGGGACGAGAAGCCGGUAAGAACCAACAGAAAGCAGAUCAGGAUCAGCUUCAUGUUGUAGAUUUGAAAGUAUCUCAGCUCGGACUGAUGUUACACCUGUAGCCAAAGCUAGCAGAUGACACUCUAGUAUUGUGAUUACACCUGAGUGACUUGAGCAGAUGUGGGUCAUCGCAGUCUUUGGGUUGGAAACUAUCAACUGUAUCUGGCAACUCUAGACAUGCUCACGUGGAUAAUAUUUCUUUAUUUUCAUCCACAUUAUUGCGAUUGAAGAUAUUGGUUUAAAUAUUUACUUGUAAUGGGGCCUGACAUUUACAUACACCUGUUUACCUGUACAGCUGUGCCUCAAGCACAAAAAGAUGUUAUUCCACCUUGCACCCAUUUCCUCUUCAGGUCUGUUAUGAGAUAAAAUGAUGAGAGUACUUGACAUAAUACAACGCCCCGAUGGGAGGAAUGUACACAUACAGACCAGCUGAAAAGAGGUCCAAGAUAAAGACUUUCCUGGUUUAAUAGAGGGGAUUAAUAUUAUUAAGAAUACUAUUAGACCAUUUAUGGCUUUUCAGACAGUGAGGAGUCAACAUGCAUGGAGCAAAGGAGAGGCUUUAAAUCACUGCUCCAGAGUCGACGCUGUUUUUUUUUAUUGGUUUGGAUUCCUUUGUGCAUCUGGCGGCUGGUACACUCUGAACUUACUAUGUGUUUUGUCUCCACAGAUGUGCUCCAGGUGUGAGGUCAGGAGGGUUUGUGCGAAGAAGUUCACGAUACAGAAGUUCCCCAAGAUCUUAGUGCUGCGUAUCCUUUCCCUCUGAACAUGAGUGUGUGGUAACGUUGUGUUAAAAUCAACAUAAAAGUGAGCUCAGAGAGUGUGUUUACAGUUUGGAAACGCUGCCAUGUGGAAUGAAAAGUCUGAAAGAAGACAUGGCAGAGACAGUGUUAGGUGAAUCUACUGACAGGUUCACAUGGUUCAGUUUUCCCUUGACUCCUCAUCUUCCUGCCAGACCUAAAGCGUUUCUCUGAGGGGCAAAGAACCGGAAAACUGUCCACCUUUGUGAACUUCCCCGUGGCAGAUCUGGACCUGCGGGAGUUCGCCUCUCAGAGCAGCAGUAAGUUCUGUGUUCUGUGUAGUUCACCCAGUUUUUAGUGGAGAAUCAAGCUUGUGUUCGAAAUUUCCAGGCACCAGGGACCAAGUGUUGAAAACUCUGUGAAAACAUAAAUUUAUAAGAUCUUUUAGCUGCACAUUAAGAUGUUUAAAAAACUCUUUUAAACAAAUAUUUUUGUGUUCAAAUUCCUUUUUCAUUGUCUAAUUUAUUCAUUAAUUUUAUUCGGACUGUUAAAAGUUAAGAGCAAGUUUCCACAGAGAUUUAGAGAGAGCCAGCUGAGUCAAAAACAUGGUUUAGACUUAACAAAUCCUGUAAUCUCACUUCUUACACAGGAUCAGCUGUUUGAGUUGUAAUGUUCAGAGCUUGUUCACUCUUGUGCGGUUGUUUCAGAGAAGGCGUGACUGCAGGCUGAACGUUUGUUUGUGUCUUUGCAGUAAACGCAGUGUACAACCUGUAUGCAGUGUCCAACCACUCAGGCACCACCACAGGAGGGCACUACACGGCCUACUGUCGCAACCCCACCAACGGAGAGUGGUACACCUUCAAUGACUCCAGGUAGCUUUGAGCAUCAUCAUGGUCUCUGUUUUAUGAUAAAAUGAUACAGUUCACUACAUCCAUGACAAAGAAUUUCACUUUUGACGGAGGAUUUGACAACGUAUCAACGAAUCACCAGCAUCUGACCGAUUAUCUGUUGUUUCAUUUGUCUUUACUGAUGACUGAUUCACAUAUUAAUCAAACUAUACUCUACUUCAGCUUCACUGCUGGUGUGUCUUUGCUCUUGGUCUGUUUUAGCUGAUUCAGAUAUUUAUAUGAAAUAAGAGCUGCAGUUCACUGAUAUGUUGAUGUGCUUUUAUCACAAAACAGAAUAAAGUCAGUCUACAUGAGCUCCAUUUUUUAGGAAAGGUGGGGGCAAUUCAUUAAUGUGUUGAUGCAUCAUGACAAUUCGGCAUCGAUUAAUUAACGGCAGAGCUUAAAAUUAAUAAAUAAUAACGAUGAUGUUUUGCCGCAAGACCAGAACAAAGAAACACAUAACUGGAACCUUAGUGUGCGCGCCGCCCAGACUGUUUAGUGAGUAGGACCACAACAAACAGAGCACAUUAGUUUCUUUGAAAAAUGACAACAGCGUGUGGAAGUACUUUGGAUUUUAUGAGAGAGCAAACAAGACGACUGACAAGACCUACGUGAUUUGCAAGAUUUGCAAAGCAAAAAUAAAGUACCUCAGCGACACCUCAAACAUGAGGCAGCACCUUAUACGCUUUCAUCUCUGUUUAUGCCCGCCACACAGAGGACCAUCCUACACGAUAGAUAUAUACAAGUCGAAUGUUCAGAAAACCUUAUUUACUUAUUGAGUGUAGUUUUAGAGGAACUGAGUUGAUUGAUAUGCUAUUUAUGUACAAAUGUAGCCACAGAUGAAGACAAAAUCAAUCUUGUAUGGAAAAAAGCAUUAAAAAUGGCAAUAAUCAAAGAAUUGUGGCACCAAUAAUCAAAUUGAAUCGCCAAUCAUUAUAAUCCAAGAAUCAAAGCUCCCAUAAUCAAAUUGGAUCAUGAGGUGUCCUUGUUGGAACACUCCUAAUUUUUACUAUACCAAAAACAUACUUGUCAUAUCCAGUAUCUGUUUCUGCCCUGACCGAUAUCAGUCAGGCCUUUAGCUUUGACUCCUCUACAACAUAAUCCUUUGGUUUUAGUGUAACUGUUUUGUCUCUUUCUUUUCUCCAUCAUCAUCCUUGUCUCCAGAGUAACGCCCAUGUCCUCCUCCCACGUGUGCAGCAGCGACGGCUACGUCCUCUUCUACGAGCUGGACGAGAAGCUUGCCGGUGGACGACGGCUCUGA